AAUGGAUCCAAAUGGUUUCCAGAGAGUGGUAGGGGAUGCUUUAUCCCAUGUUGAUGGCCUUUCAGCUGAUUCCCUGGUGGCUGGUUGUGGGGGAGAAAAACUUCUCCGCUCCCCGCACAAAUUGUUUCAACUUCUUUUAGAACGUCGCCAAGUUCCGCCGCCAGCCCCGCUGCCCAUCAUGGGUGCUCCACCUCGCCCCGAAACGAAAAGGUCCCCAAUGUUGUAACCUUGUGGCUUUUGGUCGCCAUCCUCUGUUAGUGGGAAGGUGGAUGGGCGUGGGGAGGGAGAAGGCGGCAAGCACGGCGCUGCGUGGCGCCCGGAGACCAACGGGACGGGGCGUGUCCGCGCCUCUGGCUUAAGUACUCUUUGGGAAGCCUGGGCAGCAGCAGCAGCAGCAGGAGCAGCAGGAGCAGGUGCCUGGCUCAGUGCUGUGGAAGCCGUCGGAAGAACUGCUGCGCCGCCGCUGCCCUCGAGGAUUUCGCUGCCCAGCCAUGGCUCCUUCCCCGCAGCAGCUCCGCGGGCACACACGCGCCGAGAUCCAGCGGCGCUGCGCGGCGGGCGAGUGCCUGGUGCUGGUGGGCCCCCGCCGCGUCUACGACCUGUCAGCCUUCGUGCGGCUCCACCCGGGCGGACCCGAGCUGCUCCUCCAGCGGGCCGGCACCGACGUGAGCGCCCAGCUGGACGGGCCGCCGCACCGGCACUCGGAGAACGCGCGCCGCUGGCUCGAGCAGUAUUACGUGGGCGACCUUGAAGACGACGACGCGCGGCAGCAGCAGCAAGAGGUAACGCGGGCUCCUCCUCGAAAGCUUUCUCCACUCUUGGCUACGGGGCAGGCAGGAAUCCAACCGGGAAAGCCGCCGCCGCCGGGCAGCUGGUUCUUUCGGAGGGGUUAAUCAGUGGGGCGGGGACGGGCGCGCGGAUUACAAACCCCAGACAUAAUUAAAUCUACUCUUUCUUUGUGGAUGUUGAGUGGGGGAGUGCCUGAAGAAAAACAAGGGGUGUGUGUGUGUGUCUAUGUGUGGGUAGCCUGGAAAGCCAAGUGGUGGCUGCCAGGCACGUCCACAGGUGUUCAGCGAGCUGGGGGCAUCAUCAUCAUACCCACCAUCACUGCAGUGGGGUGUCUGUGUAGCAGCACCUGUUGCCCCAGGUACACCAAGGUGGAACCAUCAGCUGAGGGAACAUGAGCAGUUCAGUUUUGCUCUUAGCUGUAGCCAGGAUUUGUAGGGGGAGGGCAUCAUCCCUCAUCAUCCUCUGUCCGGCUCUGUCUACUAGCAGAUUCGAAACGAAAUGUCUCAACAACAGUUGUUACAUUCUUUUGACCCCAAGUGUUCAGAAAAAUAUCUCAAAAUCUUCUUACGAUUUCUACUUUUAGUUAAGUAUUUUUAUUUAUUUACUUGAUUUAGUGUGGGGGGGUAGCUGCUAUCCCCACCACCCACUGGCUACACCCACAGUUGUGCUGUCAUUGAAUGGUGAAGGGGGAGGCUGAGGGGGCAGAAUGAACCCUCCCCCCUUCCCCAUCCUUUGAUAUUUUCCCUCCAAUCUAGCCAUUAUUUUCCCUCCAGUUCAGCCAAAUUGUGGUCCCCCACUCCUAGAAGCAAGAGCUAAGGGGGCGGCUAUCCCAAAAGGCAACUGGGGGCUCGACUGGCUUGGUCUGGUCUGGCCUGGCCUGACCCCCAUCUGGCCUUCCUGUAAUUUGAGUGUGGCUGGAUGUGCAUCUUUCACAACCCUGGAAGAGCCUGUGUUGAAGCAGGCAGGUUUACUGGCAAUGGGCAGUGCCUGUGCUGGGGCUGUCUUGCCCCCUUCCCCAAUGGGGUGUGUUUGUGUGUGCUGGUUGAGCAAUGCUGCAGGUGAGGAGCAGGAAUGUGCUUUUACAAGGCUGUUCAUUCCAUUUUUGAAACAUUUCCCUAACUGUUUAUUUCCACAUUUUAUUUGAGCUUUCUCGUGUGCCUCUUCCGGAACUAUAGUGGAACGUAGUGCAAGUUUGGUGCUUAUUGCCAUAUUGCUUGCAAAUGGAUUGUUUCUGGAAGCAAACGACACGGAAUACCAAACUUGCACUAUGUUGCAGUUCCAGAAGAGGCUUUUGUGUCAUAUGAAAGCUCAGAUAUAAUGUAACGCAGGUGUGUGCUGUGUGAGGUGAGGUGCCAUGGAAAGCCCCCAAACUGCUACAUGAAUUGUAGAGUUGGAAGGGAUCCCAGGGGUCAUCCAGCCCAACUCUCCCUCCAGAAUGCAGCCCUAGAGCUCCAGUUGGGGCUUGAAAACCCAGCUGGGCUUGGCUAUGUCUCAAUAGCACACGGUGACAGUAGCUCUAAGCAGGGCAUUCCUUGAUCAGGAGAGGCGUUGGCAAGUGCAGAGAUUGUGAUGCCAUCAGCAAGGGUGGGUGGAGGCCACCUCCUGUGCCCUUGGGAAACUUUAUGGUUGGUGCUUAACUAACUCGAGGAAUUCACCUGGGCAGCUUGUAGUGCGCCGAAGGGUUAGGAAACUCAAAAGGCCUUCCCUGCUCCCGCUGCUGUCACCCACCCCACCCCAGAUCCCUCAACAUGGCUGAUGGUUGGGGAUAGUGGUCAAGCAAUAUUCGGAGGUCCUCCCCCCAUGCACCAGAGAGACUUUUUGUCUGAUUCUGUUGGGGCAUGUGCUUACGCUUGCACAGCGAGUGAGGUCCCCCCCCCGCUCUGAACCUCUGAUUUGCCAACGUCUAUGGGGUGUGUGCAAGGAAGGCACUUUUGAAGACAAUGACUGUCUGCUGUCAUGAAGGAGUGGCGCUUAUGAAACGAUAUGUAAUGCAUGAUGCUGCUUAUCUCCUUGUCUCUCCUCCCUAUUGCAGAUCAUGCCCCUAGUCCCUUAGUAAGUAUUCAGCCUCUUAGGGCCAUGAUUGAAAUGAUGAGAUAAACUUUGCCACAGUGUAGUAUGUGUUUCACAGUAAAGAGAGGUAGCUCCCCAGCGAGGCUGCCCUUUUGAGUAGAAGACCAGCAUUCUUCUGCUUGGUGCUUUCCGCUCUUGUCAUUUUCCUGCUGAAGAUCACCCUCCCUAGACUGCUUUGCUCAGUGAAAGAGUCCCCUUGCCACGAUAAAAGCACCUUUGGGAGGGUGCAUGAAAACAUCCACACAAAGAAAACAUACCACCGCAAGUUUUUAUUUUACACAAAAGCAGCAAAACGAAGGAGAGGAUCAUUUUGGUGUGUGAUUUUGAUCUGAGAAAACGGCUCUUUCUCCACCCACCCACCCACUGAUUUUUCUGCUCAAGUCUGCAGCCUUCUGGGGCAGAUUUAUCUUUGUAUACAUUUGCGAAAAAAUGGGGACAGAGUAACCUGCUGCUAUGCAGCUCGUCCUCUUGGUUAAUUUAGUGUUGGUUGCCUUUAGGGCACAGGUGAAAGGUGGGGCUCAGUGGAGGGAUCCACCUGCAAGCUGGAUGCCAGAGCAAACAGGAAGCACCUUUGUAUGAGCCAGCAUGGCCAGGCCUGGGCUGCUAAUGAUUAUCUGGGAUAUUUUGCCUCCCAUGCUUGGGCUGAGCUCCCCUGCAAAGCUACACACUCUCCUCCACCUGCUCCCCCCUACCCCGACUUAAUCAGGUUUCUGAGGAAGGACAGCAUGGUGUGGCUGUCUGUGGAAGACCCAGCCUGGCGAUAUAAAAACUGAGCUUGCUGACUUGAAAUGACAGGUACGCACAGAUGCAAAACCAACUUUUGGGAAUCUUAGGUGCUUUUGUUUUAAAUACAUUUGUUCAGUUUCCCAGGAUGUUACAUUGCAACAUCAAAAUGCAUGACAAAUGGACAUUGAUUGCAAUCUUGCAGCAGGGAGGAGUCAUGUUCUUGAGAGUUACUUUCCAUAUUAAUUCAUUAGCAGAAGGCGUGAGCCUCUGAAAAACUGAAAAAACAUCGUAAAAGCCCUGUUGGAUCAGAACUCUGGCCUACUUAGUCCUGUACCCUGUUCCUCACAAAGGCAAUCAGAUGCCCAUUAGAGGAAACCUGCUAGGAUCACCAUGUGUCUGGAAUUUCCCUGACGUAGCUGGGAUCUGGCCAUCAAAAACGGUGUUUGGGUGGAAUUUUCAAAAAGCGGCUGAAACGUCCAGGAAAACCCAGGCACAUGGCAGUCCAUAUUGGAAGUGUUAAUUAUUUGGCGAUUUCCCUAAAAAAUAGGUAAAAAACUCAACAACCUUUGUGUCCGGAUUUUCACUUUUUCAAAUAUGGCAACCCUAAAACCUGCAAGCCUCACCUGAGUAUAAGAGGGCUCUCCCUCCCUACCCCUGUUGUUCCUAGAAAAUGAAAAGAAAUGAGCCUGAAAGGGCAAGGCGUGGGACAACCUUGUUGGUGUUGUCCCCCACCCAAGACAUUAUGGCCAAGUGGUCCAUGCCAAGUGGGUGGAUGAGGCUUGGAGGGCAGUUUCUUUGAGUCUGCUCCUCCUGUAUGACCAGUCUUUUAAGGGCUUGCCCAUCGGUGGGUGUUAUGUCCUCUCUCCCACUCUUGACAAAAUGUUGAGGUUUAGGAAAAGGCAGCAGAAGUGUUGUGUUCCUCCUGCAGGGAAUUUUCAAGGUUCGUUAAGAUGCCCUUGCAUUGAAUGGAUAAUGCUGCAUUUGGGGCCUUGGUGUGAAGACCUGACUUCUGAAAAGACCUGUGGCCAAGCACCAAGGGGCCUUGCAGUUUGGAAAGCUCAGUUGCAAAUAAAAAUAAUAAUGAUGAUGAUAACAACAACAAUUGUACCUCGCUCAUCUGAUUGGGUUGCCCCAGCCACUCUAUGCGGCUUCCAGCGUAUAUAAAAACAGAAUAAAACAUUAAACAUUAAAAACGUCCCCAUACAGGGCUGCCUUCAGAUGUCUUCUAAAGGUUGUAUAGUUACUUAUCUCCUUGACAUCUGAUGGGAGGGUGUUCCACAGGGUGGGUGCCACCACCAAGAAACACCUUGCUGGUGUGGGAAUGCUUACCUUUGGCUUGUGCGACCAGAAGAAAAGCAGCCAGGGAGGGACUGGCAUGCCUGAUGGCGUGGGGUGCCAGAUCCACAGGUGGGCUAAAGCUGAGGUGGUGGUGAGCCAGAUCAUGGAACUGGGGAUGCUUUCUGAACUGGGGGACCAGGGGUUGUGGUGGAACUCUGGACUUAAUAGACUUUUUUGCUGGGGGACAGUGGUCUUUAUAUUGUCGUGUGUCUUCCUUUGCUUUCUCAAAAUGUGCAAACCAGGCCUGCUGCAUUUGGGGGCCCUCAUUCUGCUGAGCGGUGCCCUUGAUCUCCACCUCUAAAGUCCUGCCCUCAAAGUUCCAGAGAGGACAGGAGUUGAGGUCAAGGGUAGCUAAGAAGAGUACUGAGUUGGGGGAGCUAAGUGGUCUGUCCCAAGGAGCAAGGAGUACAGCUGGGAUGGAACUUUCGCUCCAGGCAAAGCAAAGUUCUGGUCAAGCAAAAAUCCAAGCCUGACCUGGAAGUACUUGCAGCCAUGCCAGGAAGAGCUGCUGGCUGCUCUGGGGCUUAGGGUCAUGCUCAAAAUUAGGAGGUCACCUCAGGCUCCUCUUCCCCUGAAUCCUUGAGUGGCUAGAGUACACCAGUUGCUGGAAACCACAGGAAGGCAGAGUGCUGCCCUUGUGCUUGGGCCCUGCUUGCUAACUCCCCACAGGUAUCUGGUUGGCCACUGUGAGAACAGGUUGCUUGGGGCUGAUCCAGAAAGCUCUUCUAAUGUUCUUAUGGCUAACGCUCAAAGAAGAUUUUCUGUGCUCCUUCUAGGAGACUUGGGCAUAUACAUCCUUGAUUUGACUCAAGCUCAAGAAGCAUGCCAAUAUAAUGUGGAGACGGUAGCAGUUGUUGAUGCCCAAUUCUGGGAGAAAUGUGUGUUUUAGUCUUCUGAACUGUUUGUGUGUGGACAGAAUAGGUGCUUUAUUCCUCCUGUGUAAUGAUUUAUCUAUCAUACAGGUGUGGCCUUCCCUGUUUCGCCAUCUGAGGCCUUGCUUACCAGCUGCUGCUGCUGGGGAUGGGGCACUUAUAGGGACACUGCCCCAUGGCAUCUCACCAUCUGAGGCAGGUGUUUCUGUCCACCUCAUGGGUGGGCCGGCCCUACUGCCAUGUUUAGGAGCAAGUUUCAGCAGCAACUUGACCUAUGGCCAAGGUCUUUAUGAAGGCUUGUACUCAGUGAGGCAAGAGCACAUGGCAAAGCACCUUUCUCUAAAAUCCAUGUGUGGUAAUACAGGGCCUUUGUUCCCCUCCAGGGCCUUUUGGGAGCCUCAGUCAGUCACUCCCUCCUCUGGGACAGAAUUAGCUCCCUGCUUGUCUCAGCGCACCAAGGUAGCUUUGCAGUGGGGCCCGAGGCACAAGGAUGAGGCAACCACGCUUCUGUGAGACAGUGAAAAGGAAGCCCUCCUUCAUGCAAGCACGUAGUUCAACUAUGGAACUCGCUCUCACAGGAUGCAGUGAGGGCCACCAACUUGGAUGGCUUUCAAAGAGGGUCAGGCAAUUUCCUGGAGGAGAGGGGCUGCUGAUGGCUGCCUCUUGUUCUGAGCCUGCAAAGUGUGUAACUCUGCCAUACAGAUUAAAUAAGAAACUUAGCAGCAGAGAGGGAGCAAAUCUAGAUGAUGUCAACCAUUGGGAAAACCGAGGGAUUUAAUCCAGAAGUGGAAGGAUGGCAGCAAGACUCGGGCCAGUACCAUUUUCUGAUUCUGAUUAAAAAUGUUAUUAGGAUUGGAAUAGCACUUGCAGUUUACUGCUGAAUUUUGGAUAUAAUGGAGAUGUAAAAGAUUUGAAUUAUUAUAAAAGAGGCAGGAGGAAAUGAUUAACAAUAGGACCCAUAAAUUUAAAAAAAGUGUGUGUGUAUGUAAAAAAGUUUGGGCCAGUACCUCUUGGCUAAUGAUGGACAAAACGCAAUCUUUCUCAAUGUUUGUAGAAGCAAGGCUUGCUUCAUUUUAUGAGGUUCAGUGCAGCCAUAUAAAGCCUCCCCCCACUUUUAACCACACCCAGACAUUUCUUUGCUUGUAGGGCAAAUAAAGAGCCCAGCAUCUUAAUUUCCUAGAGGUGUUGCCCAAGCAGCCUCCUCCAAGGUCUCAGCCACCUCCCGGGGAGUGUGGAGGUGCUGGGCUCCGACCCCCUUCCUGCUGGCUGCCUGCUCGUGUCUUCUGCGCCUCUCUCUUCGCCAUCUCCUUCCGUGCCCCUCGGCUCUCCUUGUCCCUCCACAGGCAGAACGAGUCCAGCGAGGUUUCGGGAAUGCGCCAAGCCAGACAAACGAGUUCUUAUUCUCUCCCCUUUGAAAUGCCAUUGAUGAUGUGUAAAGGCAGGCGAUAUGGGGAAGCAGCCACGGAGGCAGACCGAGCACAGCCUGGCACCAAGGGAGCGGCUCGCCAGCGGCGCUGGGGGCCACUGGCCUCGGUGACAAUCGCCUUAUCUUGCCCUUGUCAGAGCCCGACCCAAGAGAAACACUCCGCGGUGACAUGGGAGGAGAGAAAGCAAACAGGGACCUCCUGCUGCUGCACAGCUAGCCUCAGGCGGUGCCUUGCCAUGGAGCUUCUCAGUUAUUCUCUGGGGAAAGAGCCAAGACGAAUCAGAAAUUAGGAUGCUUGCAUGUGCCUGCGAGUGCGUGCUCUCACGCUGCUGUCGGCACAGGGGGCGCUUUCAGUGAAAAACGACUGAAUGAAACAAAGACACAUUUUUAAAAUACACAUCAGAAGUCAGGUGCGGAAGGAAGCAGGUGUGCUGACAGGCGAGGGGAGGGGUGGUUUGGAUUGCAUUUGAGCCAAGCCAAGCUGCUCUUUCCGAAACGACACAGGCGUCCUUUGAAAUUUGUACUUAUCGGAAUCUUGCAAUGCAGAAAGAUGCAUAUCUAGGAAAACAAGUGUGCAUUUUAAAAAACCACAACCCACAACAAUAUUAGUGAAAUCAAUCAGUCAAUCAGUUAAUUAAAUUUCUAUACCACACUUCCCUUGAAGAUUACAGGGUGGUUUACAAUACAAAAACAACAAAAAUACAUACCAUAAUAACAAGCAAAACCAUACUCCCACAGUUUAAAAGGCCAUAGAUUGUUUAAUUAGCCAAAGGCCUGGGAGAAGAGGAAUGUUAUUGUCUAAUGUCUAAAUAUAUGUAAUGAAGGCACCAGGCAAGCCUUCCAGGGGAGAGCAAUCCACAAACAGUGCCCCUGAUGAUUAAAUAAGGUUAAAAUGUAUUAUAUUAGGGAUGUCAGCCUUGCAAAAAUGUGUAUAUUAAGAGAAGUUAACACAAAAAAUGUUGAUGAAUUGGCUUUUUUCUUUUUUAAAUCACAAACUGAUUUAUGGUGUUUUUUUUGGGGGGGGGGUUUGGUAAUUCUGUCACUUUUCAUACCACAAAUGUUUUCAGGUCUUUUUGCUGCACAUUCUUUGUGCUACAGUGCAAGAUGACAAUAAUGUGCUAAGGUUAGGGAAGCAUUGAAGAGCAACUAAUAAAGCACAAUGAUGUGUGGAUGGUCCAGUAUAAUUCCACCAUUGAUGUACUAUAAUUGCAUCAGUGACACACUGCAGAAUAUACCCCUUCCCCUCGAAAAAGCCUAUAAUAUGAAAAGUGACAGGAUUUCUGCAUAAAAUUGUGGGAUAUUGCAGUGACUGGGAGUGAAGCUGUAUUUGUGCCCAGAAACAGGUGCAAAGAGUAUUGAAAGGGGAAUUGUGUCUAACCACCUUGAAUACCGUCAUAAAUACCAGUAAUCACAAAUGCACGAUAAAAAGAACCUCUGGAGGGAUUGCUUACUGCAACAUUUCCAGAAAACUCACAUUGUUGGCUAAAUGAAUUGACCCCCACAUUGUUUGCAUUAAGGGGCUGUGGCCGUCCCAUUGCUGUCCUUGAUGCAAUAGCCUGGAUGUUUGAGGUAGGGGAGCUUAUGCAGGUAGCGGUCUCUAUGUGAGUCAGGUGCCUAUACACAAAAGCUUCCUGUCCGUUUGAUAUGAUGCAGCCUUUCACCCGAAUAAUGUGUCUGGAGAGAGAGAGAGGUGGUGUUGGCAAAGGAGGAUCCCUGCUGAUCAACUGCAAAUCAUUUGCAGGUCUCCCCAGUGCCAGAUUUAUGUAUAAGCUAUAGCUUAGGGCCCCAGUCUCUUGGGGCCCCAAAAAAUUUUAAAGGAAAAAAACCCCUGGAUGUACAUUUCCAAAAUAUAAGAUAAAAAACAAAUAAAACUUACAUACAGGUAGAGCUUAAUAAUUAUUUCACUAUUAAUAUACUUCUUUCUUGUAUUUCAGUUCAACAAUUACUUUGAUAAAAUACAUAUUAUGUUAUGUGCAAAUGGCUUUAGAUGCCUAUGAGGUCCAUAAAUUACCAUACAGCAUAUAUCCAACACAAAAAACAGUGACAAUUUGUUGUUGACAAAGGACAGCUGGACAUAUAAAGGGCCCCAUUACCUUCAGUAGCUUAGGGCCUCAUCAAACCUAAAUCCGGCCCUGGUUCCCCCAGUCAAUCCUUCACACAAAACACCUAAACCUAAAUACAAUAACAAUACAUAACAGGACACAUAAUAUCCUUGCAUCGUAACACUGAAAAGUUAAUUAACAACAACAGCUCAUUCGAUUUAUAUUAACAUUUAAGUAAGUGUGCAGUUUACUAAAAGGACACGUCAAAGAAUCCCUUAAGCAGCUGGAAGGUUGGGUAAAGCAUGUGAAAAAACGCCAACACUGAGCCUCUCCUUCCUUUGGAAACAGCUCCCUUCCACCUUCCAUAGUCAGCUUGCGAGAUGCCAGUUGGCACCUCCUAGCCCAGGGCUUUCUAGACGACAUCUGCAACCUCACCUAACUCCAGGUUAGUUACAGUACUUCCUGGGAACAUAGAGCAGGGGUUUUGCAACCCACAGCCUCCUAAGUUCUCCAUCACCGGCUGGCUCAUCCGGUUGCCCAUUGUGGGACUUUGUCAACCCUAGCUAGAUUUGCUUGGCUGCAUUCUGACCAUGCAUUUAAUUUUGAUAUAAGAAACCAUGCAGUAAAGAGGCAGCAGCCACACACCCUCUCACACCCUUUGAGAGAAGUGAGCGCUGCUGAGUAAUCCACUUUUGCAACAGGGUUGAUGAAUUGUUGGUCAUGCUUGCAACCUGCUCUUUCAGCUCAAACACUCACAGAUUUGUGUGUUAGUGUGGGCUGAGGUUGUACCUCACACCCUCUCAGUCAACUCGACAGGACCCAGGAUCAAUAUUUACGGUGUUUGACUCCACUCCUUGGUCGCGUUUCGUCAUUCUGGAUAGUUUUCAGUAGCAAGCAUGCGAACGGUGCCUGGUUCUCUUCCUUGAAAAGAGAUGUGUACGUGUGUCUGCAGGGGUCCCUUAUAUUGCUUUUUAUAUUGCUUUAGUUUUAUUAGUGCUCAAUUACUUUUUAAUGAUGGUAUUUCCUCCCCCCCCUUUUGCUUGUGAUUUGUAUUCUUUUUGUAAGCCAGCUUGAGUCCCAGUCUGGGUGAAAGAUAUGAAACAAAGAAAGGGAGAAUGAAUGAAUGAAUGAAUGAAUGAAGAGCCUAUUGGAUCAGGCUAAUGGACCAUCUAGUCCAGCCUCCUGUUCUCACAGUGGCCAGCCAGAUCCCUCUGGGAAACCAGGUAGGUGGGUGAGGGAACAUCAAGCAGCUAACCUGCCCUCACUGCCCAGCCUUGCCAUCAGGCCAUGUCCCUCCCCAAUGUGCUUGCCCCUCCUGCUGCUUGCUGGUGGCUGCUGGCACUAGCUGGUAGCCAUUGGUAGCCUCCUCCCCCAUGAAUUUUUCCAUGCCUUUUUAAAAACCCAUCCAAGAUGGCGGCCAUCACUGCCUCCUGUGGGAGGGAGUUUCAUAUCUUAACUCUGUGCUAUGUGAAGAAGGACUUUAUCUUGUCUUUCCUGAAUCUUCUAACGUUCCACUACUAGUAUUAUGGGGGGUAUUUUUCUAGCCACUUUACAUAUGCUAUACAUAAUUUUAUAAUAUUUUUGAGCUGUGUCUGAGACCUGCGGUGGGAUUCUUGUUAGAAUAAAGUUAUAAACUCAAACAGAAAGCAGCCAAUCCCUGGUGCCCCCUCCCUCCGCCAGCUUACGCUCCGUGGCCCAGGGCACGUGUACCUGGCUGCCCCACCCCCCACACUUGCUUGUUUCCCCCCUGUGGCUGACUUACCGGUAGCUCUUUUCUAGGUCACCUCUAGAUGACCAGUUCAUUGAGUACUCAUCAUGAUUUGCUUUUGGGAGGGGUUAGAUGAGGCAGCAUUAAGCAAAAAUGUCCAGGUUUUUGGGGAAGUGGGUUUGCUGCACAGGGAGCACAAAAUCCACUCCAAUGGCACCACCUGAAUUUGCUCUGGUGCGCAAUGGAAUCCCACCCACUAAAUAGGGAUGGUCAGGAAUCACCCUCAAUUGAGUAGCAAGUGUCCACUCCGUCGAUGUUACCUGCUGGUUUUAAGUGGUAGCUAUGAAAGUUACGAAAUUGAGAAAAUAAAAGUUACGAACAUAAUAAGCAAUACAUAAACAAAAGGACAAAUGAAAAUGGCACAGAACAACAUACCACCUGUUGAGUUCUCAGGACCUGGCUCUUUAGGAUGUUAAGCAAAACCAAGGAGUGGGUGAGAAAGUGAAGGCCCAGAAUUAUGCUGGAGCCCAAAAGUCUGCAGGUGCAUCAAUAUGAUGAUGAAAUGCAGGAGCAGUUCGACCAACUUAAUUGGAUUAGUCUCUGGUAGGUGCACAACGAUUUCAGAAUCCCCUGAAAGUUGCUGCGGUAAAGCGAAACAAACCUUUAUUGUUACAAUUCUCGCCAACACGGAGAAAACAAAAUGAGAAGCACAUUAAAAAUGCUAUCCUAAUGUGUCCAAUAGCAUAAAGGAGAAUCAAUUAAAAUGAGUUAGAUUAAAAAAUAAUAACAUCAAGGAAAAUAAAAUAGACAUUGAUGUCUUGGCUCACCCCAGCUAAGGAAGACACCUGUCUGAUAGUUAAGUUUUUAUUGACAAAAGAAGCACUUUCAUCAGCUUCCACAUUACUCUGGCUGCACAUGUGCACACACACAUGCUUCUAGUCACUAGGCAGCUGUGCCUUAGACCGUUCCCCUCUUCUGGCUUAUAUACCCUCCCCGAAAGAUUAUGCACCUGUAACCUGAGACUUCUCCUGCACAGAAGUCUCCACUGCUCUUCCCACUUCAAGCCCCUCCUGGUUCUAGGAGACAGUGGGGUGGGGGAAGUUGAGGCGUCUACUGACCUGCCUGUUGCCAGAACAGCAUCUUCUUGAGCCAUAUCUGGCUCAUCUUCCUCCUCCUCGGACUGCCCUGACUCUUCCUCUUCCCCCUGCCCUCACUUCUGCUUUGUGCCACACCCCCUACAUCACUAGUCCCCUCUCCUGGGUCACUCCCCUGGUCCCCGGCCUCCGCCACCCACUCUUUGGAGCCCUUACAGACAGUUGAGAUGAAAUCCUGUCGCCAACUCCAAGCAGGGAAGCUGCAGAAAAUCUGCAAUCAGUUCUGGCGGGUUUUGCUCACUGAAGAGCCCAGUCCUUGGCCACACUGAACAUGACAGAUGCAUCCUGAGCCAAAAGGCAUAGAUUAGGAGGUUAUAAAAUGCACCUGAUCAUCCUGGCAGAUUUGAUCAGAAGGGGUUGAUAAAGAUAUUAUGCACACAGUAAAAGGACUGGUCCUCUCCAGAGUCUCGGGGACACUUGUGUCCAUGGUGGUGGUGGAGUUAUUUGUGUAGCUGAGGUAGAGAAAGAACAAAACUGCCCCCCCCAUAUUUUGAGGAUAUAAAAUUGUCCCUUGCUCAAAUGGGAAAACUGACUCCUUUGUGAGGCAGAGAGCAACACCCAAGGGAAACAUGGUAGUUUUUGUAUAUAUUUGCAAAGUUUGAGGUUUUAGGUAGAGCACCAGGUAAAGGGGCAAUGAAAGCUGACGUGGGUAGCACGGCCUGUUGCUUGGGACCUUGUAACUCCCACCCCCACAAAGUAAAGAUCUGUGUUCAAGUGGUAGAAGGCAUAUUCUGUCAGCGUUACAAUCCCAUCUGUAGCCAGCUGAACUCAGCAAUUUCAUAAGCUGUAAAAAUAGGGAAGAUGCUAUGUUUAUUCAUUAGAACAUAAUUUUCAAAAUCACUAUAGCGCAGUAAGUGUUGUGAUGCCCCCACCCCACCCCAUGGACCAGCACAUCUGCCUGGGUUUAUGGUAUAGAAAACAGCAAGUUUUGCCUAGGAUAAUCUUGAAAUCUCUCUUCAACCUCCUGCAUCUCUUGACCAAGACAGGGCAACUUGUCACCCUUCAGAUCUUACUGGACUCACAAUUCUCAGCAGCCAAUGAUGGGAGUUGGGAGGGAUGAUGAGAGUUGUAGUCCAACAACACUGCAAGGGUCAUGAGUUUCCCACCCUGAGAUAUACGUUAGAUUCCCCACUCUUCCCUUAUAUGUGAAUAGGGCAGAUCAGUGUGAACCAAUAGGUGUGGCUGCUGAUUGUCCCAGCUGGUGUGACCCUUAGAUAAGAUAUGCAAACCUCUUUUUUGAAGGAGCAGAAUCUGGGCAGAGGGGAGAGGGUUGGGCACAUGGCUGGGGAGAGCUUUGAAUGGGAGGACAAGGAAGCAGAAGAAGUGCAGCCUGAGUCAUUUUGUGGCCUGAUACAAUUUAGCAAAUGGCUCCCCUUACCCCCAAGGCAAGGUGCAGUGUUCCCAAAGCUCCGUGAGAAUCUCACGAGUGCCUCUCUUUGGGAGUUAAAACUCAGUACUAAUUAGAUUACUGUUGGAGAAAAUAUACAGAAAGGGUUUUCUCCCUUUCUCCGAACACUAGAAGUUGUGGACAUCCAUUGAAUUCUGGAUGAUUCAGGACAGAUAAAUAGGAGGGAUUUCUUCAUACAGAGCAUAGUUAAACUAUGGCACUCCCUCCCACAGGAGGCAGCGAUGGUCACAAACCUAGAUGGCUUUAAAAGAGGAUUAGACAAAUUCAUGGCUACUAGCCAUGAUGGCUGUGUUCUCCCUCCACUGGAGGUCCAUGAGUUCUAGUGCUAUGAGGCAGGUAGAAAAAGCAUUCUCUAUCCAUUUUAUCCAUGCAAUGCUUAACUUUAUAAACUUCUAUCAUGUUACUUUUUAAUCACCUUUUCUCUAAACUAAAAAGUUAUAGAUACGGCAACCGUUCCUCACACAGGGGUUGCUCCAUUACCUUCAUCAUUUUUUUGUUUCCUUUUCCAAUUCUGACGUAAACCUUUUGAGAACAGAACAGGACUGUAUAAAGUGUUCCAAGUCCGGUCACAUCAUAUAGGUUUGUCUUAACAGCAUUAUAAUAUUGGCAGUUUUAUUUUCAAGUGCUGUUAUUUUCAACAGCCAAGUCCAAAACAGGCUGGAUUAUUUGAAACCUCAGAGAAAAGGGAGGUGCCGAUGGCCAAAAUAAACUCUAUUUGGCUGUUCCUGGUGAUUAGCUAAACCGAGAUUGCAAAGCUUUAAGGCUUGGGAAACGCUGCUUGUUGGAUGAGGCACCUGCUGGCUAAGGGUAUGAGAAACCCUGCUUCUUCCUUGGCUGCCCAGCAUUGGCCAACUUCAGCCCUAAGGGGCAGGACAAAUGUUGUAACAGUUGGAACAUGUACAUAAUUUUAAUUGCUUGGACUACUGCAAUGCGCUCUAUGUGGGGCUACCUUAGAAGGUGACCCGGAAACUCAGUUAAUCCAGAAUGCGGCAGCUAGACUGGUGACUGGGAGUGGCCGCCGGGACCAUAUAACUGAAAGACCUACCUUGGCUCCCAGUACGUUUCUGAGCACAAUUCAAAGUGUUGGUGCUGACCUUUAAAGCCCUAAACGGCUUCGGCCCAUCUCCACUCCCAUCGUUCAGCCCGAACACUGAGGUCCAGCUCCGAGGGCUUUCUGGCGGCUCCCUCCCUGCGAGAAGCGAAGUAUAGGUUAAUAAUAAUAAUAAUAAUAAUAAUAAUAAUAAUAAUAAUUUCUUUUCCACUUUUCCUCUGAGGGAACUCAAGGUGGCAGACACACUUCUCCCUCUCUGCACAUUUUAUCCCCACAGCAAUUCGCAGCAACAGUAGGUUAAACUGAAAGGCAGGGACUGGCCCAAAAUCACGCAGUGGGCUUCAUGGCUGAGUGUGGAUUUGAACCCUGGUCUCUCAGCUCCUAGUCAAGACUUCUAGCCACCACUCCACACUGGCUCUUGUAAGUGUUGUUUGGUCAGCUUCGGAGGUUUCUGCUGUUGUCUUCAGUUGUGCCACUUCUGUACACAUUAGCACAUUUUUCAUGCUACUGAAAUAUGGGGCAGGAAUCUAGAAAGAGAAUGAGGAUUGCUCCAUGUGUAGGCAGUUGCGAAAGAAAAAAAAACACCCAAAACGUUCUGAAAGAGUUGCUGAGUCAAGAUUUCUGAUCAGGUGAUCUGGUACAUGAAGGAAGGGACUCAUUUUUUCCCGAAAAGAUGUGAAGGGGGCAGAAAGGUCAGGAUGGAAGCUGUUUUUUGAAUUAUUUUAUUGUUCAGUACCAUGAAAGGAUGAGAGAGAACCAUCACUUGGGAUGAGAGGCGUGGGGGGAAUUCUGUUCAGUUGGCAUUUAGAGGCAAACCCACUUAAUUCGCACUUUCGGAACAAUGAGUGAAUCGAAACACAGCCAUCCUUUUAAAUUUGCCCUUUCCCAAAAUUUGCAAUGCGGAAUUUCCAGCCAAGAAACAAGUGUAUAUACUAGGGAAAGGCAUGCAGAGGUCAGUGAACAUCAUACAAGAAUAGAUUAUAUUAAGGAAAAUUGCUUUGCAGAAAUGUGUAUACCAGGCAAAAGUAUGUACACAAAAUGUGUCAAUUUUCCCAACAACUUUCUUGGGUUUUUUUUUUUUUAAUUGUGAUCGCAAACUGAUGUGGAAAUGUGAAGAACUGGACUUAAGAUGGAGGGAAUGAGAAACGGACAGAAACUGAAAUUGUCAGGUUCUGCCAUCUCUGCUGGGGAGUGAAAGGGAAGGUUGCAGUUUAUGGCUAACCAGCCUGAGGGCUUUCCCUCCCUGCUUCCUUUUGGAGAACUGGGCUUUGCUGCUAUGAAAGGAGUGCUGUUCCAAUCCACACCCCUUCUCUGCCUGUCCUACAACUUCAAGGGGAUCAGUUGCCUAAUUCUAUGGUCUCUUGGAAAUGAUGCUGUGACUCUUAUGAAGGCAAUUGUGGAACUGCCUUUCUAUGAGUCAUGUUGGUACCACCCCAGAAGUCAGAAAGGUGUCACGGGAUAAAUUUCUCUGGUUUCCAUUUUGAAAUCUUUGCCUCUGGGGAUAGGAAAAGUUCUUGUGCCAGUAGUUUGAGCUCGCUUGUGUAAUGCAAAUGAUGAGCCAAAUCAUGUGUCUUGAAAUGCUGCGCUCUCAGAAUAGGGAUGGGUUAAGAACUGGGGUAAAAAGCACAUGAUUUCCUUGCAGAUGUUGCUUCCUCCAACCUGUAUCACCUCCUGAUUGCCAGUAUUUUGCGGGAGAGAUUCAGCCACAUACCAGAAAUUUACAUUCGUGCAAUUAAAGUAGCCUGGUGCAGCAAAUCCAAUUUUCCUUUCCUUCCCUUUUUUUUUUUAAAUGGACUUUUCCCACUUAGGAAAGUGUCAGCGAUAAUAAAUAACUUACGAAUGGGAAGACAUGUGUGAAAAUCACCUGUGUGAAAAUCAGGGGGAAAACUCCUACCCACAAACCAACUGGAACAAAUGCUCACUAAAGACCAGACAUUGUCUUGCCUUCACCUAAGCUUUGCGCAAGCGAAUCAGGGUGAAUGCUCAAUAAGCAGGCUGUCUGGAGGAACCCUGGAAGUGCCCCAUGGAUGGUUUGAACUCCAGCUAUGAUCCUCCACAGCCAGCAUGACCAGUUAUGGGGUGGGGUAUAGUUCCACAACAUCUGGAGGGCCAUAGUGUCCCCAUUCUGGCUGUAGUGACUCACUGGACACAUCUGCACUAAAAACAUAGUGUUAAGAGUUGGGGUUUUUUUUGUUUGGGGGGGACUAGGUUGUAUGAGAGCUCCUUCUAACCCCUGGAUCCAGAAAGUGUUAAAAUAUAAUCCAGGCUUGCUUCCUCUGUUGAGGUGAUCGCUUGGAUGAUGGGCCAUUAAGGGAAACAAAGGAAAGAGGCUCUGUGUGAGAUGGCAAAUGGGUGCUCUCCCCAUCAGCUGGCUAGCAGUUAGAAAAAGACAAAGGUGAGAGUUGGGAGAGGGCAGUGAGGUGAGCUAGGUGUAAAGCAGCAAGCUGGGAGAAAACGGAGACAGAACAAUGUUUGAAUCUGAGGCUACGGCUAUGGGAGAAACAAGACCCCUUUGGGGUGUUGAUUCUAUGAGCCCCUGCAUCGUAUCAAGAGGUGUCAGAGCUCACCAUGAACGCCUCCCUCAUUCUCUUAGAAUGGCAAUGGCGCCCACUGGAGAGGUGCUGGAGCUGAGUUCCAGCUAAAAAAAGCCCUGUAUAUAUGUGUAAAUAAACCAUAUAUUAUAAAGACAUCUCAGUCGCCGCUGUGCCUCAUUUCCAAAAGGAAGCAUGAACCCUGGGUAAGUGCCUGGAGCUCCUGGUAUCUCGUACCACUCAGAGAUUGGGGUGGCAACAAUACUAUCUAUCAGUUUUGGAACAGGUGCACUGUUGUGGAUUUCCCUUACAGUUCCUUAAGUCUCAAUUUCACAACUUCUGCUUCUAGAGCUUCCUAGCAAGGAGCUAAACGAUGAUCGAUCCAAUUUGUGCAGAUAACCUCUCUGCAUUAGGGCCAAGAUGUUGUCUCCCUCCUCUAGGCAUACAGGUGACUAAACGGCUACUGCAGGGGUGCUCUCCAGAUGUUACUGGACUACAACUCUCAACAGCCGCAGUAGCCAGCCAGCAUGAUCAAAGGGUCAGAGAUAAUGGGAGUUGUAGUCUCAACAUCUGGACAGUAUGUUGGCUAUCCCUGAGCUACUGGAACCAUUGCAGACUGUUUCUGCAGGGCUGUUUUAAUUCCAGUUCAGAGAGAAGCGUUUUGAGAGUCCAAGAAUGUCUGGAAAGUACCUAGAACUUGCCCAGGCAAGAGCAGUUUUAUAUAAUAAUAAUAAUAAUAAUAAUAAUAAUAAUAAUAAUAAUAAAAUUUAUUUAUAUCCCGCCCUCCCCAGCCGAAGCCGGGCUCAGAGUGGCUAACAACAGUAAAACGAUAAAACAUUCUAAAAUCAUUUCACUAUAAAAUUAAUUCCAAUCAAAUUAAUGGCAACCAUUGGGCUAGAAGUUCUGUGAAGAUUGCCAAAGGAGAGAGUCAGGCUGUGCCCUGGCCAAAGGCCUGGUGGAACAGCUUGUCUUGCAGGCCCUGCAGAAAGAUGUCAAGUCCCGUAGGGCCCUAGUCUCUUGUGACAGAGCGUUCCACCAGAUCGGAGCUACAGCCAAAAAAGCCCUGGCUCUGGCUGAGGCCAGCCUAACCUCUCUGUGGCCUGGGACCUUCAAGAUGUUUUUGUUUGAAGACCGUAUGUUUGAAGUGGAUGAAGACAGCGAUGGAUGUACUUUAAAAGAUUAAAGCGUGAGAGCAAAUGAUACCAGGGAAACCAAUAAUCCCUAAUAACUUUGGUGAUUGCAUAUAUUUAACACACAGAUGAGAGGUGCAAUUAAUUUAUAUGAGUUUUCCUGAAGGAACCACCCACAUGCUUUCCUUAGAAGUUUAAAGGAAGCUCAAUUAAUUAUUAGCUUAAUUUAAUUUAUUCAGUGUUGGCUAGGGUUUCAAUAUUUCCAGAGGUAAAAAUCUGGACAAAAAAUGUUCUUAAGCUUUUUUUGGGUGAUCACCCUGCUCAGCCCCUGGCUGUCCACUGCUGCCAAACCCAAAACAGAGCCCAAGACAGAGAAAGAACCCAGGUCACCCAACCACAAGCCUACGUACACACACACUUUAAAAAAACCCCUACAUACCUGGGCAUUUGCUUAAAAUUGAAAAAAUCCCCCCGGAUGGGCAUGUAGGCCCCCCAAAAGAGGACAUGUCCAGGAUUUCCCAGACAUAUGGCAACCCUAAUAUUGGCUCCCCAGCUGUUGUAGCACUACAACUCACCAUUCCCAGCCAGCUUAGCCAAUGGGCAGAGAUGAUGAGAGCUGUAGUCCAACAGGUCUGAGGAACACUCCCCCAACCUUCUGCCCUCCAGGUGUUUGGGGAACCAAUUCCCAUCAACACCAGGCAGCAUGGUCAAUGGUCAGGGAUGAGGCAAGCUGCAGCAGAGGCAUAGGAAGGGGGGUGCGGUGGGUGCAGACUACCCCGGGUGUCAUGGGGGGGUUGACAUUCAGCACACCGCCUGCCCGCGACUCCUGAAUACAAAUAUGAAACAAUAUCUUCAAGGGCAGCCCCAUAAAGAGCUCAUUAGAAGAGCAGGUUGUGACGGGUGGUUUCUGAAAGUGCAUCCUUUUCUGAGAAGGAAUGUGGCUGGAAUACUGGAUGCAACUGGUCAGUGCUGUUCAGGGCUACUCUUGGGCUCUCUUUCUAGUCCAUAGAAAUCUAGAAACAUGGAAUGGUAGAGUUGAAAGGGACCCCAAGGGUCAUCUAGUCCAACCCCCUGAAAUGCAGGAAUCUCAGCUAAAGCAUCCAUGACUGAUGGCCAUCCAACCUCUGCUUAAAAACCUUCUCUCCUGGAGAGACUUGAAGUGGACCAAUUCUUUGUUCUUCACCUUCUCCUGAUGCAUUGUGAAAAUAAGGGUCAUGACACCAAAGGAACUAUUGUGUACCAGACAAACCAGACCAAAUAUGACUUCUGUGUACCGCAAUGACAUGUUGUUAUACGUGAAAAAUGGAAGAAAAGCACUCACAUGCAGAUGUUCCUCAGCAUUCUCUCCAGUGGUGCAGCUUCAUUAGUUUUUCCAGAAUAGAACAGAAAUCACCACCCAAACCUUCAGCUGUGGUGGUCUCAUCAGGACAGCCUAGCCAUGUGUUUUGCCAGCUUUGCCUUUACUGGGACUUGCGAGGCAAUGCAGAAGGGAGCAAGGCCAGCUCUUGCCUUGCUCUGCCUUGUUGUUAGUAGCUGGAAGAGAUCAAACACUGCUGGUUUCCAUUCCCAUGGGCAAGUCUGAAAGAGGAAUCUGUUCUGUCCUCUUGUGGCUUCUGCGUUGCCCUGGAGGAUGCCACUGAGGGGCAUUCAAUGGGAUUUCUGGCCUGGCAAGCAAGGCCUUCCAACUCCUGAACAAAAGUCCCCUUGAAACUGCUGCCACAACCUCCAUUUUUAUCACUCCUGCCCAGCGAAGGCGUGGGUUUCUGCAAAAGCAAGAUAAUUAGCCUUGGCCAAGUUAAAACUGGAACUGCCUUUGUGCUCUUAUGGACCGAGGGUGUGUGUGUCUGCCUGCAAGUAAGCCUUAAUAAAAGGCAUGCAAGUUUGAUCUAGAGUUGCGUAGGUGAAGAAUCUGAGUAAUGCAGGAAGACCAAGGCGCAGAAGAGAAUUUCAUUUGCUGCUACCAGCUGGACCCGACUGCCUGGUGUUCUUCCUGGUUCUGUCCCCAUAUCAUAUCAGCAGCUGUGGCACAGCUCAUGUCCACAAUCUUUCAUGAUAGACAUCCACACCCACAGUGCUCCUUCAUAUCCAGUCCCUCUGGGUAUUGCUAGCUGCACCCUGAGGCUUAUUGUCAGGGUUGGAGUGAGGCGUAGGUCACCGACAAAACAACAAAUAAUCUGAGGCCAGUGAAGUUAAUUCUUUAUUCUUUAGGAGGCCUAGUGCUGAGCUUUCUUUCCCUGGGGGUUCCCUGUCUGGCAUCUCCCACCAACUCCUCUGAACCAACCAGUCCAUGACACAAAGGGCUGUACAACUGGGACAUUUACAAUUUGCAUCCCAACAUUUUUAAUUUUUAAGACAACAACUCUGGCACCUUAAGGUGAGUUCAUGCUGAGUAUAGAAUCAUAUGUGCUCCACCCUCCUUAAGGGGGAUGAAAAGCUUUGUUCUCUCUCUCCCCCCCCCCCCCCCGCCUGCCAAGAAGGACCAAACACCAAAGUCUGGCUUGGAAAUGUGAGGCAUCUCAGCCCCCUUUGCAAACAGGAGCCAGUAAUGUGGGCAGGGAAUGGCUCUGAGUAUGGACAGAGUGUUUCUUUCUCUAUGUUUUAUGUAUUGUUACAAGGGGGCGGGUAGUCCACUGAGCCACUUGGUCAGUGGUUUGAAUCCCCAGAAUUGCUCUGUCCCAGUUCCUGCCAACCUAGCAGUUCGAAAGCACACCAGUGCAAGUAGAUAAAUAGGUACCACUGUGGCGGGAGAAGGUAAAUGCACAAGGGCACGACAGAGGACGAGAUGGUUGGACAGUGUUCUCGAAGCUACCAACCUGAGUUUGACCCAACUGCGGGAGGCAGUGGAAGACAGGAAGAAGAAGAAGAAGAGUUUGGAUUUGAUAUCCCUCCUUUCACUCCCUUUAAGGAGUCUCAAAGCGGCUAACAUUCUCCUUUCCUUUCCCUUCCUCCCCCACAACAAACACUCUGUGAGGUGAGUGGGGCUGAGAGACUUCAGAGAAGUAUGACUGGCCCAAGAUCACCCAGCAGCUGCAUGUGGAGGAGCGGAGACGUGAACCCGGUUCCCCAGAUUACGAGACUACUGCUCUUAACCACUACACCACAGUGCCUGGUGUGCUCUGGUCCAUGGGGUCAUGAAGAGUUGGACAUGACUAAACAACAAAUUAACUAUGGAGUAAGGCCCAGAGGUUUUUAAACUGUGGUUGCCAGCCUGGCGCCCUGAAAUCACCCCAUAGUUUCAAUUGGACCCAUGCGAGUAGCAAAAUGUGCCUGGCAUGUGGCUAAUUUUGAACACUGGUUGAGAGUACUGUAUGUCCCAGAGGUGUGCUUCAUUUGCGCUUUGAAAAUGGGCUUUUAGUAUUGCAACUCCAUCCAUCUGGGAUAAAUUGCCAACUGAAAUUAGGCAAGCAUUGUGGCAUUUAGAUAGCUAAUGAAGACAUUGUUUUUCUAAGAAGGCUUCCCCUGAAGCGUGACCCAGUCAUUUUAUGGAAUAUAAACUGUAUGAAUCGUUUCACGGUAUUACCUUUAGUUUAGUGAGCUGGUAACCUUUUAUAUUUUAUCUUUAUUCUUAUCUAAUUGUAUAGUGCUUGGGUAGCUUAGGUCUUUGAAGUGGUUUUAAAAUCUGCAGAUAAAUAGCAAACAGAUAGCAUGAAUACGACAGGCUCUGGGGGCAUUUCCGUUCCAGCAAUUCUGUUUUUAAAACUUUGUUUUAAUAUUUAGGUUAUAAUUAGGAAGGAAGGAACUAAUGGGAAAUAAGGUGGAGAUGUGAAGUGGGGGGAGGGAAAGUAAGAGAAGUUGUGUUGUGCUGGCAGAUGGAGGUACAACAGAGUACCGGUAGAUCCUACAGGUAACUCGUCGUCAAGGAAUGGGAAUGCAUCUAUAAUGCAUUUCCGGCACUUAUUUAAAACAUUUUUGUUUAGACAAGCCUACCUAGACGUGUAGAAUGGGGAUGUAUUUUUAAAAUAUGAUUUUAGUUGAUUGCUGAUUUUAUCUUUUGAAUGUUUUAAAUAGUUGUUUUCUUGGUUUUCACUGAUAAUUUUGUCGUUUCAUUCUCUUUGUGAACAGCUUUGAGGUUUUGCAGCCAAGCGAUGUAGGUAUUUUAUUAAAUAAAUAAAACAAAUAAAACAAAUAAUAUAACCCUGUCUGCUGGAUCCUGUCCCCUUGCUAUACUAUAAGAGUGGAUACCAGGCAGCCCCCCCCAGAUGUGUUGGACCCCAACCCCCUCCCCAGCGGCCCCAGCCAGCUUGGGGUGGUCACGCAGAGACCUAUUGGAGUAACAUUUACCAUUUGUUCCUGUAGGUGAGCAGAUGUGGGUGCCUUCCCUUUCUAAUAUGCCCCCCAAAUGUUACAUAUUCUGAUAUCUUCCUGCUAUUAGUGCCUUUAUUCCCCCCCAAUCACCUUCAGUUGCAGACAUUUCCCUCUUUUAUUCCCUGCUGUUUUGAACCCAGAAGCUGCUCAAAGCGGCUCAUAGCAUCAUAAAGAUACAUAGUCAAAGCAAUCAAAUCAAUUAAAGACUAUGCAAACCUUCCUCGGGUGUGUGUGUUCACAUUGCUGCCUUAAAAUGCAGUGCAGUUGCCCCCCCUCCAUCCCGUGCGUUUCAUAGCCUCCCGCCAUCCCAGCUGUUCACAUCAGCACAGCUUAAUUCGUGUCAAAUUCAUUUCUGUUUGUGUAUAUCCUAGGGAAUGUUGAAGGACAGGGCUGUCUUUACCAUCUGCAAAGAUAUUUCACACCUUGGCUGGAGGUGAAUUAGGAACCGCUUAAGGACUCCAUUCGGUGUGGUUUGAGAAACAACACAUCCAACAGUAGCAUUUUAUACAAAGCACAGGAUACGUAAGCAUAACGUGAAAGGGGAUUAAAAACCCAGAAGCGGAAGGGCAGUGAAUGCACAGUAGAUAGGACUGUGUGAACAUGGGGCACUUUGGAAGAUGGCCGACAAUAACAUCUCUCCGGCUCACACGAGGUAAUUAAGAGGCUGACGAUGGGAGUAAAUCAGCCUCCCUGGAUCUCCCCAGGGGAUGGGGAGAUGCUGCCUCGUGCGCAGUUGCCAAUAAAUCAUCCCCGAGUUCGAAAGAAGGAGGGGGUGGGGACACCGGACGGAAAGCCCUUGAGUGAGUUUUUGGAUCUCCUGGACGCUACUUCUAAUGCCGAUCCUGGUUGCAUUGCUCAAGUUAAAUAAGAGAAGAGUAAAUGCACAUGUUUCGAGCGAAGGAAAGGCUGUAUUGAUUGCUAAUUAAAUCGACCACUGAGAAGCUGAGUGACGGGUUGGACUGAACAGAAGACUACAUCAAAGAAUUACAGCUAUGUUGGUAUGUUGAAACAGAUCGGAAAGGGGGGGGAACUUUUCUCUUUUUUAAUAUGAUUUACCUAACGACCCCCCCCCCCAAGAAGAACCGCCACAUGAUUGAUAGCAAGUGAGAUAGGAAAAUAAACUGUGUGGAAACAAAAUUAUUAACCAAAGGCUUUGUUUUGCGGAAGAUCUGGAAAGGAAACGAAAGGCUUUUGGUGUGACGCAGUUCUAAUUGGGAACCGCCAUUAUGAGACAGACUUGGUUGCAAGAUUUGCAGUCAAAGGGGGAGAGGUGCUACGGUUUUGUUAUCAUAUCUGAAUUCCAUGGCUGAAUUGGCAACAACUCCCCUGGAAAGGCUGAUUUAUGGAGCAACUGGUUUGGAAAGUUAAUGAGCAGGCGCUUAGACUGCAUUUUAUGGGAACUGUCGAAAUGACGCCUGCCGUUUGAACAGGACUUUUGGAUCAGCGUGAAAACCCACACAGGACUAUAAUAAUGUUUGCUUCAACUCGCUUGUGGAGAUAACUCAGAGGUUAUUAAGAAGAAAAAUGAUAACAAUAAGAAGAUUGGAAGAUGGGAUUUGUAAAGGAUAACAACAAAGAGAUGGAAAGAUGGGACUUGUGAACAUCAAAGCAGCAGAAAUAUGAGAUGAUUGGACCCUUUCUGAACUCGAAGCAUGGGUACCCCAACAAAAAUUUAAAAUUUGGCUAAAUAUUUAGAGUUUAUUAUGUAUUGGUAUAAUUUGGAAUUAAUGUGAUAUGAUUGGUUUGUUAAUUGGAAAUUUAAUAAAAAUUAUUUGUUAAAAAAAAAGGACUGUGUGAACACAUCUGGAGCUCCCAUCCUCCCCAAAAAGCUUUCUAAAAAGGAGCAAGCUUUGCCUAUAUGUGAAGCAACUGACUGAGCCUCCCUAGCAAGGAGGGUAUUCCAUACCCAGCAUCUGAAAGGCCCUGCUUCUGGUGAUCAGCUUCUGAUAAUAGUCUCUGAACACGGAGCAUGAUGCAAGGUCUCUGGUGGAGGACCUGAGUGUGCCAUCAGACAGAGGGCCUUCUCAGUAGUGGCACCCUCCCUGUGGAAUGCCCUCCCAUCAGAUGACAAGGAAAUAAAUAACUAUCUGACUUUUAGAAGACAUCUGAUGGUAGCCCUGUUUAGGGAAGUUUUUAAUGUUUGAUGUUUUAUCGUGUUUUUAAUAUUCUGUUGGGAGCCGCCCAGAGUGGCUGGGGAAACCCAGCCAGAUGGGCAGGGUAUAAAUAAUAAAUUGCUAUUAUAUUAUAUUAUACAGUGGUACCUUAGGUUAAGUACUUAAUUCGUUGCGGAGGUCCGUACUUAACCUGAAACUGUUCUUAACCUGGAGCACCACUUUAGCUAAUGGGGCCUCCUGCUGCUGCCGCGCCGCCGGAGCACAAUUUCUGUUGUCAUCCUAAAGCAAAGUUCUUAACCUGAAGCACUAUUUCUGGGUUAGCAGAGUCUGUAACCUGAAGCGUAUAUAACCUGAGGUACCACUGUAUUAUAUUAUAUUAUAUUAUAUUAUAUUAUAUUAUAUUAUAUUAUAUUAUAUUAUAUUAUAUUAUAUUACAUUAUAUUAUAUUAUAUUAUAUUAUUAUAUUAUAUUAUAUUACAUUAUUAUAUUAUAUUAUAUUAUAUCAUAUUAUAUUCAUCAUGCGAAAGGCUGGGCUGGAUGAAUCCCAAGCUGGAAUUAAGAUUGCCGGAAGAAAUAUCAACAACCUCAGAUAUGCAGAUGACACAACGAUGGCAAAAAGUGAGGAGGAAUUAAAGAACCUUUUAAUGAGGGUGAAAGAGGAGAGCACAAAAUAUGGUCUGAAGCUCAACAUCAAAAAAACGAAGAUCGUGGCCACUGGUCCCAUCACCUCCUGGCAAAUAGAAGGGGAAGAAAUGGAGGCAGUGAGAGAUUUUACUUUCCUGGGCUCCAUGAUCACUGCAGAUGGCGACAGCAGUCACGAAAUUAAAAGACGCCUGCUUCUUGGGAGAAAGGUGAUGGCAAACCUAGACAGUAUCUUAAAAAGCAGAGACAUCACCUUGCCAACAAAGGUCCGUAUAGUUAAAGCCAUGGUUUUCCCAGUAGUGAUGUAUGGAAGUGAGAGCUGGACCAUAAAGAAGGCUGAUCGCCGAAGAAUUGAUGCUUUUGAAUUAUGGUGCUGGAGGAGACUCUUGAGAGUCCCAUGGACUGCAAGAAGAUCAAACCUCUCCAUUCUUAAGGAAAUCAGCCCUGAGUGCUCACUCGAAGGGCAGAUCGUGAAGCUGAGGCUCCAGUACUUUGGCCACCUCAUGAGAAGAGAAGACUUCCUGGAAAAGACCCUGAUGUUGGGAAAGAUAGAGGGCACAAGGAGAAGGGGACGGCAGAGGACGAGAUGGUUGGAUGGUGUUCUCAAAGCUACAAACAUGAGUCUGACCAAACUGCGGGAAGCAGUGGAAGACAGAAGUGCCUGGCGUGCUCUGGUCCAUGGGGUCACGAAGAGUUGGACACGACUAAACGACUAAACAACAAAAUAUUAUAUUAUAUUAAUCAGGCUCAUCCACUCCCCUUAUCUUCUCCAGUCCCAGUGGUCACCUGGAUCACCAAGAGGGAGUUCAGGCCACGGUGAUAACAAAACAAAGGGUGGAGCAGUUCUAAAUCAUUACACAGGAUAUAAAAUAAAUGCAUGCUCUCAUUUUUAUUAGUAAUAAAUAUGAUAAUAUUUCUUGAGACUAUUCAUAUCCUUAUGACUAAUUUCAAUAGUAUCAUUGCCCACACGGCCGUUGCUGAACUAACUGGAUAAUUCAAACGUUAAACUUGUGUGCGUAGCAAAACACAACGUGUAUCGCCAAGCAACAGUGUUGCAUUCACACGAUGUUCGCAUACGAAAACCAUACAGACACACUGCACAUAAUAUGGUGAGGCUGCGCUGCCAUACCGUCAAAGUGCACCAGCAAACGUUCAUAGAGAGUCAGAGAUGCUUGGUUAACGGCAGAACUUUACAAGUCUUUGUUCAGAAUUGUGUGGCGUUGAACAGGAAAUGCAUAUAUUGUUAAGAAUUACAUUAAAAUUAUGCAAGGUAACCGAGGCCCCUUUCAGACCAUCAUGCCCCGGCAAUUUGUAUCAGCUUCCUGAGGCUCACCCUGCUGUCAGGUUAAUGAAGCAAAGCCCACUUGACGAAGCUAUUGAGGUGGUUGGUUAACAGGUGACUCUCAAUGGGUCAGGGCACUUGGCUGUUAACCCAAAGGUUGGUGUUUUGAGCCUACCCAGGGACAGCUGUGGGCAGGAUUCCUGCAUUACAAGAGAGUUGGACAAGAUGUCCCUUGGGGUCUCUUCCAGCUCUACAGUUCUUUGAGUCCAUGACUUUGGUAUGCGGUAGUUGCAGACAGAGCUUCUGCAUAGAUUGCUGCCCUCCACGAGAACUUUUGGCAGUAGCUUCCUUGGACUUUGCCUGGGGUCCAGAUGAUGUCUCAGUGGCAUGAGUUGAGCAUGCUCACUCCCCAAGGCCUGGGGAAGAGGCUCCUGUUGGUGCAGACUCCAGCAGCAUGGGCCUUAUGCACAACAGCAUCACAAUGAGGGAUGGAAGAGGAAUCCAGCUGGCUUCACAUUUUAAUAUCUGCAUGCCCCAAAUAUUGGAGAGAGCGCCUCAUUCCCUGCAAACUCUCUUGUGUUAAGACUGGCAAAGGGGGUCCUCUUGGUUGUCACCAGAAGUUUGAGGGGGUGGCCCAGGAGAGGGCCUUUUUGGUGGCAGCCCUAGGUUAUGGAAUUCCCUCCCCAAAGAGGUGUGUCUGGCAGUUUCACUGUAUAGCACUUUGCAAUUGCCUAAGACACACUUCUUUGACAUAAGAACACAAGAAGAGCCCUGCUGGACUUGGUCCAGUGGCCCAUCUAGUCCAGCAUCCUGUUCUCACAGUGGCCACCCAGAUCCUGAGUGCAAGAACAGUCUCCUCUGCCCUUGUGGUUUCCAGCAGCUGGCAUUCAGAAGCAUACAGCAUCCAACCAUGAAGCAGAGCAGAGCCAUUGCAGCUGGUAGCCAUUGAUAGUCUUCUCCUCCAUGAAUUAUCUAAUUCUUUUUUAAAGCCAUCCAAGUUGAUGGCCAUCACUGCCUCCUGUGGAGCCAGUUCCACAAUUUAACUGUGCGUUUUCGGGACCUGCCCAAUUCCUAGAACUGUAAUUUGUUUUAACCGCUUUUAAUUAGGGUAGGGCAUUUAAUCGUUAUCUUCAUCUAUCUGGUUUUCCAUUUUCAAAACAGUACAUGAACCCAAACUGUGCUCUCCUCCCAAGUUCACACGCCUCUGAAAUUUGCAAUGCAGCUCUUUGAGUAAUGUGUAGAAAAAUGUGCAUAUUAAAGGAAAAAUUGUAAGAAAAAUAUAUAUUAACUAAAUAGCAUUCAAAAAUGCAACAACAGAGCACACAUAAGCCUGCUCCUUCUUGCUGUGCCCCCUUUUUUGGCCCCUUCCAGUUCACUGUGUAAAAUGUGUAAAAAAGAUCAGGAGUGAUACCGACUGCUAGUGACUGGACAGAGUGAAAAUGUGGUAGUUUGCCUAAAUGACCAGUUUAAGGGAUUAUGUCAGAUUUAACGAGAAAUUGGCAGGCAUUAUUGACUCUAGCAAAGAUGAAGGGUUAAUUAAAACCUAUUGAGUUUUUGCACUGUUUCGUAGUCAGGUUUGUUGAGGACAACUCAGUCUAUUAUGUGGUGUUAUGGUUAAGAGUGUCAGACUAGGAACUGAGAGACCAGGAUUAAAAUACCCACUCGACCAUGGCUCUUACUGGGUGACCAGUAACUGCUUCCCAGUCUAAUUCAUCCCACAGGGCUGUUGCCGGGAUUAAACGAGGUCCUUCUGCUAGCCAGCCAGGGUGGAAACCGGCAACUAAAGUGAAGGAGUUUGGCCUUGGGCAGUUGCACAUUUGCAUUCAAACGUCUCUGCUUCUUUUGAUCUCCUAGGACCACUCCAAGGAACAGAACUCCUCCAGUUUUCCAGCAGUAACGAAGGACAGCAAGAUGGACCCCAGGUGUAAAGCAGUAGAUGAAGACCAGGUAAGAGGCAGAGCAGAAGGUGUGCUUCAAAUGGUUGGGGGUGAAGAGCCAAUUGCAGAAGGAUUUGGAGACACCCCAAAAAGCAUCUCAAGAAGGGCAUGUUCAAUCAGUCGCAUGUCGCAGGAGUCGGUGGUAGCUGCUCAGACUUCCUUUUCAGGUGCCUUUGCAAGGGUAUUGUAAAUUUCAUUCAGGAUGAUUUGUGCUCUUGACGCUAUCUGUGGUGUCUUAGGCAUUCCAGCGUAGGGUUAGCAGACCUCCAGGCUUGACCUGAAGUCAAGGUGAAGUGGCAGGUACGGUGCUUGAAUCUCCAGGGGGGCUAGGGUGCCUUUAAUAAACAAUUAAAAAAACAUAAUAAAAAAAAUUAAGAAGACUGUACAUGCAGCUUGCAGGCAUCAGCCUGGUAUCAGCUGGCUGCAAAUUAUUGCAUGGAGACACUCUGGGCAGAGUGUGCAGAAGGCCUGCCUGGCGGCACAGUCUUUUCCCAUGAGUCAAAACCACAAUGGUUUUCUCUUGUCUUCCACACAUUUAAUUAUGACUUGGGCAUUUUUGCCUUUCAUGGUGAGCUGCUUCAAGAUGGCUUCCAAAUGUGGACCGUUUAAUCCGAUGGUUGCUGUUCUGGUUCUGAACAGAAGCAGAAGAGCAACUCUGCACUCAGACUUACAUCACCCUGUGGCGGAGGGGGUAGUCUGCACAUGUUGGAGGGGGGCAGUGAUUAUGUGGGUGAGGAAAGGGUUAAAUAUUCCCAUCCAUCCUCACUGGAGUCGCAGUCACGAUUCCACCCCACACACUGCAAUUUAGGAGGAGAAAGAGGUGUUGUCAACCUGGCACCCGCAAGUGCCAUGGGGCCUGUAAAAGCCUUCCUUGAAACCCCCAGGCAAGAGGCUUCCAUUUAAAAACAGGGUUAGUCUCUAUCCCUCCUAGAAAGAAAGUUAGGAAUCAAAAUGUGCAGGUACCCAUCUAAACAAUUUCUGUGAAAGUAUCAAGCCUGGUUGCUUCCGCAUGUGUGGGGUUUUUUUUGCCAGUGAGUAAAGUAAGAGCUGUGAUUAAUGAGUGAGUUUUUUGGACACCAUGCAAUAAGAACCCACAGUGUCUGAAAGAGCUGCUGUUUUCCCCUGCCCUUUAAUUCACUUUUCCUGUUCCUGUCUUAUUUUCAACAGAAAUUCAACAAGUUAAGCCUUUUCUCCAUUAUGAGAAAAGCUUCAUUAUGGUUGUAUGCUAAUUUUGUGUUAUGCCAUGCUCCCCAUUGCAGCCAUUUUCUGAUUGGCACUCUCUCAAAAAUCAAAAUGUGUCACUGGCUCAAAAAACGUUGACAAUCCCUCAUGUAAAAUGUUUUGAAGGACAGGAGAGAAGGGACACUCAUUUUCCAUCCUGGUUAUAUUCUAGGGAUGAGGAAAAAUCCAAUUCAAUUUGCAAAUUUGCAAAUUUGCAUGCAUUCACACUUGCUGAAACAAGUUGUGAACCAAAACACAGCCAUCCAUUGAUAUUUGCACUCCCCCAUAAUUUUGCAAUGCAGUCCUUGAGCCAAAUAACGUGUACAGGCAACUCCCAACUGACUCAAGAGUUAUGUUCUGGGGAUCGUGUGUAAAGUCAAAUUUGUGUAUUAAUCAAAGCAAAUUGUGUUCAAUGGUGGAUGGGAUUCCCAAAGUCAUUUUCCCUGCAACCCCGCCCCUUUUACAUUCCCUUUAAUUUUUUUCUUUAUUCUCUCCCCCCAAAUGCGUAAAGCCAAAUAUGCACAAUUUAAAUGCAUGUAAGUUGUGCGUUACCUGUACAAAUAUCCAUACAUUCUAUGAUUCUUUGAUUAGGGUAAAAUGCUCAUAAAAUGCAUGCAAGAUAAGAUACAAAAAUGCAUUUCAUUAGGGGAAAUUCCACACAAAAGGUGUAUAUUAGGAGAAAUUCACAUUAAAACACUGAAGUGCAUGAGGACACGCUUUCUCUCUCUCUCUCUCUCUGCAAUGUGGAAAUGUCAAGAACUUAACUUGCCACAUGCCCACUAUGGAGAGAGAGAGAGAGAGAGAGAGAGAGAGAGAGAGAAGGGAUUGUGAAGACUGCCACAGCUGCUGCCAUCACCUCAUAAGGAAGAAGAUGCCUAUUUCCAUUUCUCUGUUUAUCAUUUUCUCCAUAAAAAUGGAAAUAGCAACAAAGCAUUAUAGAAUUUUAGAGUUGGAAGGAACCCAGAGGGUCAUCCAGCCCCUAAGAUCUUACUUCCCUACUGGAUGCAGUUUUGUUCUGCUGCCAAGCACCCACUCUUUUUAAAAGUUGGGGAGAGGGUAAGAGGGCAGGCGUUGUGGUGAAUGCUGCCACCGAAUUGCAGUUGUUUUUGUGGGCUGAGGUCAGUACUAGAAUGCAGUGCGUUGUUUUGUUUUGUUUUCUUUGAAAAAGAAGAAGCUUUAAACAGGCAAGAGUAGGAUUUAAUACAUUCUAGGCUGUUGGGUUUUUUGUUGUUUUGUUUUACAUUCAUUAUUGUGUGAAACACUCCUCAAUCCAUUGCUUACUUUCUUCCUCCCUUGCUAAUGUUCUUCUGUACUCCAAGUCCCUUUUAUGGUUUUGUGACAGAGCACCUGCCUUGCAUGCAGAAGGUCCCACAUUCAGUCCUUGAUGACAUCUCCCUCUCUGCCUGAAACCCCAGAGAACCACUACUGCAUUUGUAUCUCCCGCUUUCUCCAAGGAUCUCAAAAUGGUGUGCAUAGUUUUCCUCUCCCCCCCCCCCAUUUUAUCUUCACAACCACCUUGUGAGGUAGCUUAGGCUGAGACGCAACAAUUGGCCUGAGAGCUUCAUGGCUGACUUAGGGAUUUGAACCUGGGUUUCCCAAGUCCUAGUCUGACACUCUAAUUUAUGCCGCUAUACAAAUGUAUGGUGCAACUUAAUUUGGAAUACGGUGUACAGUUUUGGUUGCCUCACUUCAAAAAGGAUAUUGCAGAGUAGAAAGAGUCAUGGCUGUCAGCGUUUUCCUACUUCUGCAAAGUCAAGGCAGUGCCAACCCAGAGGUUAGAUUAUUUUCCCCCAGUGUCUGUCUUGAAAUCCAGCCAGCUCCACAAAAUGAAAACCAGAAAAACCCGCCUGAUAGAUUUUGAGUAGCAACUCCAAGCAAGACUUCCAGUCUUUGGAGGAUCCCUGGAAACAACCCAGGGCUUGUUUCCAGGUGUCAAGCAAUUCAAAACAACUUUCAAACACAGAAACAAGGUGGCUCCAGAAAGAUAUAUAGCUAUGACUCCUCAUAAAUAAAUACCACGUCUUGGGUUUCAAAAGUCCGGAUAAAGAGGAAUUGGAAAAAGGGAAAGCAAAAUGAGCAAUUCCCCUAUAAGGAAAGCAUACAACAUUUGGGGCUUUUUAGUUUUAGAGAAAAGGUAAGAGGUGACAUGACAGAAGUUUAUAAAAUCAUGCAUGGCAUGGAGAAAGGAAGCAGAUAUUUAUUUAUUUAUUGAGCUAGAUGGACCAAUGGUGAGACUCUAUGUAUGUAGGCAGCUUCCUAAAUACAGUUUAAAGAUGAGGAACCCUAAUAAGAGAGAUCUGAAGGGGUCAUGGAGUUGCCCGUCAAUUCAGAGUACCUGGACACCAGGUAGACUGAGUAGACACAGAUGUCUGUCACCUGGUCACAGUCCUCUUCACUAUGGUGGCAUGUGCUCUAUUUCAGUGGAUAUUACAGAUCUUAUUCCUAAAUGUUCAUCUACGUGUAUGCCCAUUUUAUGCAAACCUGUGUCCUCUUUCGCCCCUCUCAUUUGGCAAUGGGUAAGUGGCCAUCCUAACUUGGAAAGAGGGAGAAAAGGGGAAUGUGAUGAUUUGACAGCAUCUGGAUUUGUGAGAACAAGCCAGUGAGUGGGUGGUAUGAGGCCUGGGAAGACUGUCUCCCUGUGAAAGCAACUUAGGUGAGUGACAUAAAUGCAGUCAAUAAUCAUCGUGGGAGAAAACCAUCGGUCUCAGCAAACCUAGAAUAUAAUAGGCCUGCUUGCUUUUCUAUUCCCCCGGGCGGCAUUAGAUUAAAUUGUCACUCGUUUGGCAACCACCCGGAAGAAACUGAGGUGCUUAUUAGUACCUCUAACUUGAAUUUGUUUAACACAUAUCAAGCUAACCUAUCGUCUUCUUUAGAGAACGUAACCAUUUUAGGGUUGCCAUAUGUCCGGGGAAAAUCCAGACAUGUCCUCUUCUGAGGGCCAUCAUGCCCAUCUGGGCAUAUUUUUACAUUUUAAAGGAAAUGUCCAGGGGGGCUCAGGCUGUCCUCUUUUUUGCUCUUCAAGAUCUGGCAACCCUACCAUUGCUGACAAGUAAGAGGGAAUCCUUUGAACACAACUUGCCUUUUGCAAGGUUUUGAUGUGGUUCUGCACAAUAUUCUUGGGCAGUGCCAGAUUUACAUAUAUGCUAAACAAGCUAUAGGUUAGGGCCCCACUCUCUUGGGGCCCCCCAAAAAAUUUAAAGGAAAAAAAACCUGGAUGUACAUUUCCAAAAUAUAAGAUAAAAAACAAGUAAAAUAAAACCUAUAUACAGCAACAGUGUUUUGUGUUGUGUAGGCUCCUGUGAUGUAAGUAAUGAGCCUCGCCUGCUAACCUGCUCCCUAAAAUAUCACUGGUUUGCUCAUUUCUAUAUAUAGAGUGCCUACAUUCUGCAUGGACUGGUUGUAUGGCAACAUGUGCAAAUAGCUUUAGAUACCUAUUAGGUCCGUAAAUUACCAUAUAGCAUGAUGUAUUCAACACAAAAAACAGUGACAAUUUGUUGUUGACAAAGGACAGCUGGACAUAUAAAGGGCCCCAUUACCUUGAGUAGCUUAAGGCCUCAUCAAACCUAAAUCUGGCCCUGUUCUUGGGAGUUACCCUAAUUGAAGAAAUAUUUAUUUCUUUAGAACAUUUUGGGCCAGCCAAAAAGUCUCCCAGAGCACAGUCACUUCAAAGAAGACCAUCCCUGUCCGCAAGCUUGCAACCUGAAAAACACCCACAACAGCCACAGGGAAGGGGACAGGGAAGGGAGGGAGGGGUGUGUGCAAAAUCACACUCAAUUCCUCUUCACAGGGAACUCUAGAAAUAGAUAAGAGAUCAGUAAAUUCAAGCGUGUACUGAACACGCUUCCAAAUCUGAGCAUAUCAAAGGGCUUUGCCCAACUCCUAGCAGAAAUGAAGACUAGCUCCAGGUAAUCCCUGUGAAGGAGGACACCCGUUAAUAAGCAGCAGCCACAGUUGAAAGAGCCAGCCUCACUUGCUUCCAUGGCCAGAACAAAAUUUGAUACAGACCCACUUUAAACAGUCACAGUGGUAUCAUGGUGCUUUAAAUGUAUGGUGUGGAUGUGGUCUUGAUGUCCCACCGUUUGGUGGUGUGUGCCUUUGCAUCUCUUAACUAUGCCCCCCUCCCCUCUUGAAGGAGGUUCCAGCCUUUUUGCCUUUGAGGUUUCACCCAUUUAGCGUGCGCAUAGCCACAAUGACUUUUUCCCGGCGAGGUUCGUACAUUAAAGCUCCGUGACUGAGCGCCGCCCCCCCCAUUUUGUUUUUGCUCUGGAGCUUCCCCCAUGAAAAGCUGCUCUUUAAAGCUCAAUCAGAGCACAAUUUGAAGAAAACUCAAACUGGCGUUUGGCUCAGGGCAAAGGAAAAAAAUGCUUUACAUGGACCUUUUAAGUGUGGGCUUGUUCCUGGAAAGAGUGGGGCGAAAGGGCGAUAAGCCCUGACUUAAGGAGGCAGGGUCUGAAUUUCUCCGGCAAGGUUGAGCUGAGUCCUCCAUUACCAGUAUAUGGGGCAGGUGGGAAAUAUGUUGUUGGUAUAGCAAUAGGAAAGAUGAGGGGGUUUUGGCACAGAAACUGCUUUGGUCACCCUGUAGGAUGACCUCUAUCAGGAGAGAGGCAUGGAAAAUGCAUCUCUGUUAUUUCUCCUCAAGGUCUCAGCAGCUUUCAGUAUCAUUAACCAUAGUAUCCUUCUGGAGCAGCUGUCCAAGUUACUGCUGGGUGGCACCACUUUGCGGCAGUGCUUCCAGUAGUGCAUGGAUGGACCAGAGGGUGUUGCUUGGGGAGUGUUCUUCAGCCCUGUGGAGCCUUCACUAUGGGCUUCAUCAGGGUUCAGUUUAAUCCCCUAUGCUGUUUAACAUCUACAUGAAACUUCUGACUGGAGUUUUGGAGUACGUUGUCAGCAACAUGCUGAUGACACACAACUCUGCUUCGCCUUUACAUCUGCAGGUGAGGCAGUGGGUGUGAUUGUCUUGACAUUGGUAAUGGACUGGAUUGUCUUGUCUUCGUAAUGAAUUGGAUAAGAGUCAACAAACUGAAUCUCAAAUCAGAUAAGACCGAGACACUGUUAGUGGGCGGUUCCCUAGACCUGCUUUUGAUGGGGCUACACUUCCUCUGAAGGAGCGGAUACAUAGCUUGGGGGAACUCCUGGAUCCUUUGCUGUCACUUGAGGCUCAGGUGGCCUUGGUGGCAUGGAGUGUCUUCCACCAGCUUCGGCUGGUGGCCCAGCUGCACCCCUAUCUGGACAGGGAUAGCCUAACCUACAUUGUCUAUGCUCUGGUAACCUCUAGGUUAGAUUAGUGCAAUGUGUUAUAUGUAGGGCUGCCUCUGAAGAUGGUUCUGAAACCAGCUAGUGCAGCUAGUGCAGAAUUUGGUGGCAGGCUGCUCACCAGGGCAGGACUGUUUGAACAUAUUACACUAAUCCUGGUCUAACUGUUUUUGACCUAUAAAGCCUUAAAUGCCUCAGGACAGGAGCUUAAUACCUCAAGGACUGCCUCUCUCCAUAUGAACCUACCCAGACCCUAAGGCCCUUCUUCACGUGUCUCCUCCAUGAGAGGUCCAGAGGGUGGCAACACAAGAAUGGGAUUUUUCUGCAGUGGCUCCCCAUUUGUGGAUGGCUGUCACCAGGGAGGUUUGGCUAGUGCCUUCAUUUUGUUGUUGUUGUUAAAGAUUUUAUUGAUUUUCCAUUUUCAAAACAAAUAUCCAACAUUAGUUUUUCACAACCUCCCCCCCCCCCCGUUGACUUCCCUCAGCUUCCAUUUCUGGUUUAUUACAUCAAAUGAUAUGUUUAUAUACCUUAAUAUGUUAUCACAGUGUUAUAUUCCUUGUUUAUGUAAGUAAAAUGGUAAACGUUUAUUUAAAUCCUGCCAAUGAGUCCAUUUUUUGGUGUUUCUUCAAAUAUAUUGUAAAAGGUUCUCAUUCUUUUUCAAAGUCCCUGUUGUCCUUUUCUCGCAGUUUGUCCGUUAACUUUGCUAACUCUGAGUAGUUCAUCAAUUUUUCUUGCCAUUGUUCUUUAGAUGGUACUUCUCCAGUCUUUCAAUUUUGUGGUAUUAGAAUUUUUGCUGCUGUUGUAGCAUACACAAAUAAUGUCCGUUUUUCUCUCAGCUGCUCUUGUCCUAAAUACCUAACAAAAAAGCUUCUGGUUUUUUAACAAAUGUUAUUUUCAAAAUUCUUUUCAAUUCGUUGUAUAUCAUUUCCCAUUUUUUAAAAAAUAAUCUUGCAAUCCCACCACAUAUGAUAAAAUGUACCUUCCCCUUCUUUACACCUCCAACAGUUCUUUUGUUCUGUUUUAUACAUUUUUGCCAAUUUUACUGGUGUGAUAUACCACCUUUAACAUCAUUUUCAUGUAAUUCUCCUUCAACAAUAUAUAAUCGGUAAAUUUCAAAUUCACUUUCCAAAGCCUUAUCCAGUCCUCAAAUUGUAUGUUGUGACCUACAUCCUGUGCUCACUUAAUCAUUACUGGUUUGACUUCCUCCUCUUUGGUUUCCCAUUCCAACAGUAUAUUAUACACCUUUUUUUAAUAGUUUUGAAUUAUUGUCUAUAAUAUCCUUUUGGAAUUUUGAAACCAUGUAAGUAAAUCCUUUCUUAUUAUCUUCUUUGAAAAUUUCAUUUAGUUGUCUUUGUUGCAACCAACUCUGGAGAUUUUCCUUUAUCUCAUCAUAGCCUUUCCAUUUUAACUUUCCUUGUUCUGUUAGUAAUUCUCUGUAAGUUAGCCAUGUUUCUUUCAUUGUUGAUGUUUUAACUGCUAAUGCUUCAAUAGGUGAUAGCUACCACGGAGUUUUGGGUUCCAGUAAUUCUUUAUAUUUUUCCCAUACCUUUAUUAAAGAUUUUCUUAUAUGAUUAUGGAAUCCUUUGUGUACUUUAGCUUUUCCAUACCACAUAUGCAUGCCAGCCAAAUCUGUUAUCAUGUCCUUCCAACUCUAUUGCCUCUUUUUCCCCAAUUUUAUCCAAUCCUGAAUCCAAGUAAGGCAUGCUGCUUCAUAGUAAAUUUUAAAAUCUGGAAGGGAAAAGUCUCCUCUUUCUUUUAAGUCUGUAAGUAUUUUAUGUUUUAUCCUUGGCCUUUUCCCAGUCCAGAUAAAUUUUGAGAUAUAUCUUUGCUAUUUUUUGAAACAGGCAUGAUUACUUAUUAUUGGUAUUGUCUGAAAUAGGAGUAACAUUUUUGGUAAUACAUUCAUUUUGAUUGCUGCAAUUCUUCCUAAAAGGGAAAGAUUAAUCCUGUUCCAUAUGUCUAGAUUCCUUUUUAUUUCAUUCCAAUUUUUUCAUAAUUAUCUUUGUAAAUAUUAAUGUUCUUUGACGUCAACCACAUUCCUAAAUAUUUUACCUUUUUGUGGGUUUCUGUGUCUAUAGAUUCUGAUAAUUCAUUUUCUCUUUCUUUAAGGUUUUUAACUAACAGUUUAGUUUUGCUUUUGUUGUUUGAAUCCUGCCACCUGUCCAAACUUUUGAUUUUUUUCUAGUACUCUAGGGAGAGAGUUCUUUGGGUCUUCUACUAUAAUUACCAAGUCAUCAGUGAAAUAUUUCAAUUUAUGCUCAUUUUUCUUUAUUCUUAUUCCUGCCGCCUCUUUGUCAACUCUAAUGUUUCUUGCUAAUACCUCCAGGACCAGAAUGAACAAAAGUGGUGAUAACGGACAUCCUUGUCUAGUUCAUUUUUGUAUUUUACAUUGGUUUGUUAUCACCUGAUCAAUGAUUAAUUUUGCAUUCUGUUCUGAGUAUAUAGCUUGGAUUCCCCUAUUGAAUUUUUCUCCAAAUUCCAUUUCUUCAAGAACCCUUUUCAUAAAGUCCCAAGAAACAUAAUCAAAUGCUUUUUCUGCAUCUAUAAACACCAAUGCCACUUGCUUUUCAUUUUGGACUUCCAGGUAUUCAAUUAUAUUUAAAACAUUCCUAAUAUUAUCUUUCAUUUGUCUACCUGGAAUAAAUCCUGCUUGAUCUUGAUGUAUAUAUUCUUCCAAAACUAUUUUCAUUCUAUUGGCUAAGAUAUAUGCAAACAGUUUGUAAUCAUUAUUUAAUAAUGAAAUGGGCCUAUAAUUUUUAACUAAAGUUAUAUCCGAAUCUUGUUUUGGAAUUAACGUUAUAAACGCCUCUUUCCAUGUUUCUGGUAAUUCCCCUGUUUUUAAAAUCUCAUUCAUCAUAUCCUUUAAGGGAUGCCUUCAUUAUACACCUUUAGGCACCAGGCGAAAAUGUUCCUAUUUAACCAGGCCUUUGGCUGAUUGACAUCUGAUGCACUUUUAAAUGUGUUGUGGGAAAGGGGAUUAUUGUGUUGAUUUUGUUCAUAUUUUUAUUAUGUAUUUUAUGUUUUUUAUAUUGUAAUUUUAUGUUGUGAACCACCCUGAGAUCUAUGAAUAAAGUGUAUUGUGCAAAUGUUAAUAAUAAUAAUAAAAAAACAAUAGCUAGACCAAUUCUUCCUCUGCCCUUCCCUCCUGGGGAUUUUACUCAGCCUCCUGCUGAUCCUGAUACCAGUUGCCAACUUACAGCUAUCAGGACCCUUAACAAACUACAGCUCCCAGAAUUCUUUGGGGGAAGCCGUGACUGUUUCAAGUAGCACCAUAAUGCUUUUAAAUGCAUGGGGUGAAUGUGGCUUUGAAAUGUCAUGACUUAUCUGAGUCCCAGGAGGAGGUGGAUAAUUAGCAAGACGGAGUGAUGCUUUUUGUAGCAACCUCUCAGCUCUUGUAAGCAUCUAGUUCUUCCUCCAAAAUGCCAGACUUCUCAAGAUGCGACUGUCAAGAUAACCAACCCAGGUUCAUAGCAUUAUCCUCCUCCCUUUUACAAAUGUACAGGUUUUCUGCUUGAUUCUUGUCUGCACCAGUUGUCAUAGUAUCUGUCCCUGCAGCAUGGGUGGAACCUGGCAGAAACUGAUCCUUAUCUCCCCAGACUGAGAAAGGCACUUUGAGGGAAACACUGUUAUGAAGCAGGUGGAGGGGGUGUUAGCAAGCUCAGGGUUAGGUGAUGUGGCUGCUUUCUAGGCAGAAAUGUUGCCACCCCGAAUUCCAUUGCAGCUUCAGAAGGCAGCCUUCUUCAAACUAGAAUGACAGCUACGUUUAAAAUGACUUAUUCCAGGGUGGUGCAGUCGUUGGUAUGUUGAGGUCCCAACACAGCCACAAAGCUCACUGGGUGUCAAGGCUUGAGUCAGGCGUAGGAAGGGCAGCAAGAAGAAACAACAAAUCACCCAAGGCCAGUGAAGUUAAAUCUUUAUUCAAGGAAACAAACCACAGUUCAGGCCUAGUGGUCUCAGCAACUCUUCCUAGAAGGUUUUGGCCCGAUAAAGCAGUUGUGAGGACUGAAGGUCCCUGCUUUCCCAUCCCUCUCUAAGUCUCCUCUUUUCCCAGGUUUUCCCCAUGCAGACUCAAACUGCGCCCAGCUAAUCUCUGUUCUGCUCUUUCAUUUCUCUGUGUGUUCCUGGAUAAGAGGGGGAAGGGGAGCUGGUUGCAACAGGAGGGGGAGACUCCCUGGAUUCUUCAGCAGCCUCUUGACCGCCCUCCUCUCCAGCCUCUGCUCCAGCCUCAGAGUCUGAACUGCACUCUGCCACAGACCCUUUCUGCUCACAGAACCCUGUUGCCCCUACAGCUUCUAACACCUCCUUCCCCAGCCUUCUCCCUCUGGCCACUCAUCAUUGUCUCACCACCAAUCCCCUCACUCAGAGCCUUCUUCCCCUGGGGCUUCCCUGGGGGGGGGUGUGUCCCUGGCUGGUGCCUCCCACCACUCCUCAGCAUCCAGUCAUUCCAUGACACUGAGUGACCUUGGGCCAAUCACUCACUCUCAGCCUAACGUACCUCACGUUAUUAAAUGAGAGGGAAUCAAAUUAAAUGAGGAUGGGGGAACCAUGUACACCACUUUGAGCUGUGUAUCUGGCUGUGUUGCACGUAUAGGAGGGGGUGGGGGGCAGUUGCCCCUCGAUUUGCGGCAGAUCAAUUAAAAAUACUUAACUAAUUGAGGUUCUGCAUCCUGGCUACACCCAUGGUUACACAUCUGCAGCAUCUCUCCAAGGCCUGAGGCAUGGCUUGGUCCCUGCUGCAAGAGCAUUAUCGCAGGACUGCAAGAACAUUUCUCAGUAGGUCUCGUUUUAGGUCAUGACUUAGGUCAAGUCUCCACCUCACCUCAGGCACUGGCCAGAUUCUCCUUUGCUCAUUAAAUGUGGCAAUGUGGUUCUCUGUAAAUCCAGAGCAACCUGCGUUCCUUACGCCCUCUUUAUCAACCAAAUGAAGCGUGCUAAUCCUUGCUAGAUUUCCAUGUGAGAUUUCAGGAGAUGUUCAUUCUUCUUGGGAAGUUCCUGCUGACUAAACAUUGGACGCUCUAAUAUCAAUAGGAUAGCACUCAAAACUCUUGUUCUGUCAUUGCAUCAUGGGUAGCAUAGCAUUGGGCAUUUUGGGUGUGCAAGUUCAUAGUCCUGGCUUUACUUGUUGCUUUUUCUUUAAACCGCAUCAAGUGCCUAGUACUCAAUGACUGGCCUGAAAAUGUGUAGGCCCAGUGGUGGCCAAACUUGGCCCUCCAGCUGUUCUGGGACUACAAUUCCCAUCAUCCCUGGCCACUGGUCCUGUUAGCUAGGGAUGAUGGGAGUUGUAGUCCAAAAAGAGCUGGAGGGCAGAGUUUGGCCACCACUGGUGUAGGCAAUGCCUGCAGUCCAGUCUGUGCUGCUACAGCAGAGACAGCUGGUAGGUUGAGGUUGGUCAGGGCAAUACGGAGAGUUGUGGGGGGGAGGAAUGUGAAAUGUGGUUGGGGGACGCUAGUUGGGGGGCAGCUAAAAGUAGGGGGUGAGGGAACAACUGGGGACUAAGUGGGAGUUGAGCGAGAGGGGGUGGAAAUUUCCCCUGAAGAAGGGGCCGUAGGUUAAAGUGGUGGGGAAGGGGGCUUUGGUGUCUGGGAAGGAUACUGGAGGGUAGGUGUGGGGCUCUAGGUGGCCUUUCUCUCCCCCCCCCACACUGGGUGAUCUUAGUACAUUGAAAUUUCUUAUUGUGUUUUUUGAAAUACAGUCAUACCUCAGGAUAAAUACGCUUCGGGUUGAGCACUUUCGGGUUGCCCUCCGCAGUGACCCAGAAGUAACGGAGCCCGUUACUUCCAGGUUUCGCCGCUCGCGCAUGCACAGACUGUCAAAAUGAUGUCACGCGUAUGCACGGAAGCGGCAAAACAUGACCCGCGCACGCGCAGACGUGCUGUUGCAUCUUACGUUCCGUUUGGGAUGUGAACGGGGCUCCGGAACGGAUCCCGUUCGCAUCCUGAGGUACCACUGUAUGUAACUCAGUUGUCAGCUGUCUUGGAAGGUUUGGUAUGGCAAGGAGGGUGUCAGAGCAACUUAUGGAGCGUGGUAAGUGGGCAUUAAUGGGGUUGAGGUGGUGAGGGGGCAAUCUCUGUGCAUUGAAAGGAGAGUUUGAAAAUACAAGAGAAGCAUUGCUGGGUUUCAAAUAUUCCUGCUCUCAAGCCUCUAGUACAGAGAUUGGCAAAGAGAACUGAAGGUGAACAGAUUGCGAGGCACCAUGAGGGGAAAGAUAGGAGGCGUGAUAAAGGAUUGGGAGGUGGUAAGCCAGCUAUGCAGGGCAGCUGGAGUUGAAACAUGAGGGCCAGCUAGAGACUUCCGGGUUGGCACCUCCAGGCAAUGGCGGAGUUCCUCCGAUCGGGAGGAAUUUGCUCCGCGGAAAUUAGGGUCUGACCGCCACGGCGAAGGCGGAGACCCACUGAAAUCACAGGCGGGAAAAGCCUGUGAACUUGGGAUUCGGCUGGCACCCUUUGCGCCUCCCCUACUCACGGGGAAACCCUGAUUUGGGGAUCCGGAGCGAAGUGGGGUGAGUGGCGCGGUGCUUCGAAUUGACUGCUUCUUUCACGGAGUGAAGCCGCAUCGCUGUUGCCGGAGAGCGCUGACUUUUUCCUGUGGACAAUUGGAUUUUAAACAACUACCCGUGAGUAGAACGGAAAAUUAGAUCCUUAAAUUCAUUAAUUUGGCAUCAAAAAGGGAAGGUUCUAAACAGGAAGUCCGCCUUCCUUUUUUGUAAACAGAUUGAAGCAAAGAAGUUGCAAGUUAAAGCCUUGGAAAGUUUAUUUUUGUAAAGGAUUAAAUCUCCAUCGGUUAAAACUAUUAAACCCCCCUUGGAAGCAGGAGAAGAGGGGGGAAAUUUUGGACCUAGUGAGCCUGCAAGAGAGAGUGAAAAACCAAAUUACCACUGCUCCGAACCUGGGAACGGGCCGCCAGAAAGAGUGACGUUUUUUGACAGCUAGCAAUAAGAGAAAUAUAUUCUUUGCAUUGUACUCAUCUGCGUUUAAAAAGUAGGAAAAGAAACUAUCUUUAUAGUUUAAACUGUGUUUGAAAGGAUCGAUACAAGUGGAGACUGUUUCCCUCUAGAGGGAGCUUUUGAAACAGUUACAAGAGUGGAGCUGGGGUUUUUCCAGUUGCAAGAUAAGAACUGUGUGAAAUAGAGAUCGACCUUGGACUUUAAGAAUGUUGACAGAAGGAGACUGUAUUAUGUAAGAUAAGCUAUUCGUUGGAACAGCUCCACAAGAAGACGGACGCUAUGAAUACCAAACUUGAGAACUUGGGACAAAAAGUGACUAAUUUGGAACAAAAAGUGACCAUUAAUACAGAAAUUGUUCAGGAUUUGACACAGGAACCUACCUUGACAGGACAAACUGGGGAGAAGACGAAGGAGAAUGUUGGUGUUGUAAAACCUAAAAUAAUACAGGUGGAAGCCCCAGUUUUACAGAGGCAAACUGAGGACUAUAUGUGGAGGCCUUUUAUGAAUGAAUAUAGAAAAAGUCAGAAUUUGAAGAUUGGAGCCCUGUUUGGAUUGAAGAAGGAAGGUUGGAUAGACUCUUUCAUGCAGAGAUUUACUGACCUUUGGGUCGUGAAUCUGGGUCAGGAGGAGAUUGGAGUUAUGGGGGCCUUUGGAUCUGGAGGAGCCUUGAAACAUGAUUUGAGAUAUUUUAUGGACACUGGUUUUAGUUGUGGAGAGUUGGUUGGUCUGUCGAGAGGGAAUGGGGGCAUGGUUGGGUCGGGCCCCCCCCCAAGACCUGCGCUUCAGCACCCUCAGCAUCAAAGAAUAUGAAGGAAAACUGCAGAAGGGACUUGGAAAAGAUUUAAGAGCCUCGGACAGAAGAUCUCCAGGUUGAUGAAUUAUAUGGAAUGGACAGAAAUGACUGGCAGAAUCCGAGACCAGGGAGAAGAGAUGGUGGAAGAAGAUUGGGAAAGUUUAAAGUUUAUAUAUAGAAAUAUUGUAAAUUUAAUGAGUGUUAGAAAAUUGUUGGAAUGAAAUUUUAUGGCUUUAGCAGAAAUGUUAUAAGGAGUUAGGUAUAAAUAAGUAUUUCAGUAUUAAUGGAAAAUAAGGUACAAAAUAUGUUAAGAUAUUCAUAAUGAUAAAAAUAGAGAAAGAUGGAAAGGACACGGAGCAAUGGAUCCAAACUACAAGAAAGAAGAUUCCACCUAAACAUUAGGAAGAACUUCCUGACAGUAAGAGCUGUUCGACAGUGGAAUUUGCUGCCAAGGAGUGUGGUGGAGUCUCCUUCUUUGGAGGUCUUUAAGCAGAGGCUUGACAACCAUAUGUCAGGAGUGCUCUGAUGGUGUUUCCUGCUUGGCAGGGGGUUGGACUCGAUGGCUCUUGUGGUCUCUUCCAGCUCUAUGAUUCUAUGAUUCUAUGAAUUGCUGAAACAAGUAAUAGAAGUGGAAUACAAAAAGGGAGGUGAGAGAAGGUCGAUGAAAUAAGGGAAUGAAAGAUAGAGUAAUGAAAUGGUAUGAUAUAUGUUUUUAAAUUGUUGUUCUUUUGCUUUGUUUAGUUUAGUGUGUUAAGGUUGUGUUUUGUAUUGUUUAUUGUAUUUUAUUGUAUUGUUUCUUCUUUUCUUUCUCUUUUUUUUCCUUCUCUGUUCUAUUUUGUCUUUUUCUUUCGCCUAUUUUCUUCUUUCUUUUUUUUUCUUGUAAGUUUUAAAAGCAAUAAAGAUUAUUUUUUAAAAAACAAAAACAACGCAGGGUUGCAGUUGUUGCAAGGUAUGCGUCUGAACCCACAUGUGUAUUUAUACACAUGCUACCAAGAGGUUUUGCUAGAGUUAUGAAUAUGUGCAUACACCGGAGCUUAAUUACAAUUUAAGCAGGCAGCAAAUUCCGCAGCACCUGCACACCUUGAUCUAAAGAGUGAAAGGAUUCCUAACCAUUCCCUAGUAGCCUACAGAAAGUGAGUGUGACCAUUUUGCCAUAGAACCCACACCAAUAGCAAGUUAAUAAAUGGCGGGGGAAGCGGGUAGCUGCCCUUAAAGCGAUGCAUGUGUUGGUUCCAUGAGAGUGUUGAUUUAGGAUCAUUAACUACGAACUAAUGGGAUGGAGAUGUUCCUUGUUGCAGCUUGGAGAGCAAAUUAACUACUGAAUUAUUAUUGGGGGGGGGGCGUGUUGUACUAAUUUAGCCAAUGCAUUCUAAUGGACAAGGGAGAAGGGCUUUGAGAUGAGCACUUCCUAUAAUCCCAAUAUUUCCAUUGUUCUAGUGUCUCUUUCCUGCCCUUUUCUCAUUUUGCUUAUUCUGCUUAAUUAAUUUUGGAAUUACAGAAUGUGUCCACAGCCCUGACUGUUGCUUAACCCCCCAAAAUGGCUAAAACCUGAGAGUGCUUCAGGAGAAAUCCCGUGGCUCUGACCAGCCAGCUGGGGAGGUGAAAAGGCUGCUUGAUCUUGCUGAAACCUCUGACUCUUUGCACUCUUUCUGUUCUCUAGGAGCUCGUGGACUGGCGUAAACCUUUGCUGUGGCAAGUGGGCCACUUGGGGGAGAAGUAUGAUGAAUGGGUGCAUCAACCAGUGGAUCGUCCCAUUCGCUUAUUCCACUCGGAUUUCAUUGAAUCUCUCUCCAAAACAGCAUGGUGAGGCUCUGGGGUGCAUCAGAUAGCUGGGAGAAUAUUGGGUGAAGUUGUGUGGGUCAUGUUGCGUUUUGGCUGUCGCUGGGCAAUCCUCAAUAGGUGGGGCGCCAAAUUCACUGGUUUGGAAGUGGGGAAAGAACUGCUACCAGUCAAGAGUUAGCCAAAGUGGUCCCUCCAAACAUUGCUGGACGAUGACACCCAUCAUCCUUGGCUGUUCGCCACACUGGCUGGGUCCCCAGUAACAUGUAUAGGGGACCACAUUGGCUCUGCUCUAAUCCAAUCUAAAUAAUCCACCCCAGCUAAGGAAGCACCAUUCAUUCAUCACUACAAUUGGUUAUAUGGAAUUAGGAGUGGUACUAGAGAAGACAUUAUUCAUCCAACUAGAAAUGGUGUGUAGAGUUUUCGCCGGGUGGGAGGGGGACUGCAGCCAUUUGUGGGUGAGUGAGUGAUCUGGAUUGAGACCAUGUUAUGGAGAAGAUUUAGUCCUUUGCCCUCACCAUAGUCCUGAUAUGGAUCAGGAGGGCAUCAUCAUCAUUUAAACCAUGGGUAGGCAAACUAAGGCCUGGGGGCCGGAUCUGGGCCAAUCGCCUUCUAAAUCCGGCCCACGGACCGUCCAGGAAUCAGCAUGUUUUAAUAUGAGUAGAAUGUGUCCUUUUAUUUAAAAUGCAUCCCUGGGUUAUUUGUGGGGCAUAGGAAUUCGUUCACACCCCCCCCCGAAAAAAAUAUAGUCUAGCCCCCCACAAGGUCCGAGGGACAGUGGACUGGCCCCCUGCUGAAAAAGUUUGCUGACCCCUGACUUAUUACUUGCUUUUUUUGUUUGUUUACAAAAGCAACUCAAAGCAAGUUACAAGAAAUAAAUAAUGCAUCCAUUAAAACCAGAAUAAAACAGAACAAAUACCUAAUAACAGGGGGCGGGCGGGUGUGGGGGACUCCCUGGUCCUGAAUGGGGUAACUGUACCCCUGAAGGACCAGGUGCGCAGCCUGGGAAUCAUUUUGGACUCACAGCUUUCCAUGGAGGCGCAGGUUAAUUCUGUGUCCAGGGCGGCUGUCUACCAACUCCACCUGGUACGCAGGCUGAGACCCUACCUGCCUGCAGACUGUCUUGCCAAGAUGGUGCAUGCUCUAGUUAUCUCCCGCUUGGACUACUGCAAUGCACUCUACGUGGGCUACCUUUGAAGGUGACCCGGAAACUGCAAUUAAUCCGGAAUGCGGCAGCUAGACUGGUGACUGGGAGUGGCCGCCAGGACCACAUAACACCGGUCCUGAGAGAUCUGCAUUGGCUCCCAGUACGUUUCCAAGUACAAUUCGAAGUGUUGGUGCUGACGUUUAAAGCCCUAAACGGCCUCGGCCCAGUAUACCUGAAGGAGCAUCUCCACCCCCAUCGUUCAGCCCGGACACUGAGAUUGAGUGCCGAGGGCCUUCUGGCGGUUCCCUCAUUGCGAGAAGUGAGGUUACAGGGAACAAGACAGAGGGCCUUCUCGGUAGUGGCGCCUGCCCUGUGGAACGCCCUCCCUUCAGAUGUGAAGGAAAGAAGCAGCUAUCUUAUCUUUAAAAGACAUCUGAAGGCAGCCCUGUUUAGGGAAGUUUUUAAUAUUUAAUGCUGUAUUGUUUUUAACACUCAAUUGGAAGCCGCCCAGAGUGGCUGGGGAAACUCAGCCAGAUGGGCGGGAUAUAAAUAAAUUAUUAUUAUUAUUAUUAUUACCCACUGAUGGCUACUGCGCUCUCUCUCUCUCUCUCUCUCUCUCUCUCUCUCUCUCUCUUUUGGGGGGGGUGACAAUUGGUUGUGGGGCCUGCAGCUGGGAGAGAGACACCUGCCUCCUCCCUCUCCCCAGCUUAGAUUUUCCCAGAAUUUGCAGGGCUUCCCAAAGGCUCUUCUUCACCCGCCAGGAGACAGCUGAUGUUAUGAACCUAAACCAGUUUUUCCCCUCUUCCUUCCAGGUACACAGUAUGUGCCGUCUGGCUUCCGCUGGUGCUUUAUCUCAGCUGGCAUAGCUACACGUCGCUUGCGAAGGGAGAAACCUGGCUGUUUUCUACCUUCACAACAGGUGCCUAUGCUCAAUCCAUCAGCCUCUUUAAACAAGCUUCUCAGGACACUACAAAGCUCUGAGUGGGGAGAGGCAGGUCUGCACCUGGGCAAUGGGGCAUUAGGAAAAGGGGCAUCUUUCAACUGGUGGGGCCAGUUUGCGUUUGUGUCAGCUGAGGAGCAAUCCUGCCUGGGAGCCCUGUGCCCUGUGCCCUGAGCCCGACCCCUCUGUUUUCCAUGGAGAGAAAAGGCAGGACGAAGCCUUAUUCUUGGCGGGCCAGCAAGACAGUGCAUCUGGGCAACUGUGUAAUGGGAAAUGGAGGAAAGGCCUUCUGGAGAGAAGAUAAGCGUAUACCCCUUUCAUGGGCUGCACACAUGCUUCAGCCUUUGAAGCACUUUGUUUUGGGGUUUUUGAAAGCCCUUUUGUGGGGAUCACUGCAGGGGCCCAUAUUUGCACUCAGUGCAGGCACCAUGAGCAGCUGCUAAAUCUUUGCCAUAUGUACGCAUGGAGGGGGUGCCCUCUGUGCCUGGUGCACAUUAGUUUCUUUCUGUUGGAUCAAUCCAGGAUUGAUCCAACACUUUCCCCUUUCAGUGCUCCCAGCACACACGUCCUGAAAGUUUAUUGCCGUACCAAUAGCACAGGCUGCACAGGCUGAGCUAGUUAAAGUGUACUCAGGCUUUGCUCCAAGGAGGCAACUUUGACUACAUUCCUCCUUGUGGCUGGGUGGUGAGCCACAAGGAGGUGAGCCGCAAGGAGCCACUCUGAGUUCUGUCUAACUAGUGCCUACUUAAUGGUCCUGAGUCAGCCAUGUCUAUUAAUUUCAGCUGGUCUGCUCCUGAGUAUGAGUUACAUUGGGUGCAACCCUCUGUAUGUGUCCCGAGGCUUCCUUUCCUUGCACCGUGCAGGGAACUUCGUGACCACAUGUACCUUUUCUUUUCCCAAGGCACUCUUGAGUAUGCUCAGGCGCUGCCGCACAUGGCUAAUUACUGACUAUGUGAUUUAAUGCAAGACACCCAGAACAUAGUGUGCUCGGAUUCUCCCUGCUAUGACACCAGGCAAAAUUGAUUUAUUCCAAAUUGAUUUAUUCCACGAGGAUUGCAACACAGUGGUACCUCUGGUUACGUACUUAAUUCGUUCCAGAGGUCCGUUCUUAAGCUGAAGCUGUUCUUAAGCUGAAGCACCACUUUAGCUCAUGGGGCCUCCUGCUGCUACUGCCGCAUGAUUUCUGUUCACAUCCUUAACCUGAGGUACUAUUCCUGGGUUAGCAGAGUCUAACCUGAAGCGUAUGUAACCUGAAGCAUCUGUAACCCGAAGUACCACUGUACAGUGAUUGUAUCAGAAACCAUACCUCAUGCCACCACCUCAAAAUAUCGGCGGUUUAAGGAGCGCAGCCUCCAGGCAGGUUUCAGCAACAAUAAUCAGGAGUCAGGAAUGGAGAAAGCAGCUAUUGUCCCGAGUAGCUCCCUCCGCCUCCACGCCACCCACAGUGGGCCCUGCACAGAGAAGGGCUUGUGCUGAGCCAGAAUCUCACUCAGUCAGACUCCGGCUUGCGGCACCUGCAGUCUGAGGCGCAUGGCCUGCCCCCUUGUUCUCCAUUGGCUGGCUGUCUUUUUCCCUCAGAGGUGCCAUUCUGUGCCAGCCUAGGCUACUCCUUGGGGAGCAGGGGAGCUUUCUGUUUUCUGCUCCUAUCACACCCAGCCAAUAAUAAUGCCAGCAGGCUGACACAGUGUUAAAACAACAUUCGGGACAGAUAAAAGAAAGUACCUCUCCACGCGGCGCAUAGGUAAAUUAUGGAACUCACUCCCACAUGAGGACAGUGGUGGCCACAAAAGAAGACUAGACAAAUUCACAGGGGAGGAGAGGGCUGUCAAUGGCUACUAGUCAUGAUGACUCUGCUGUGCCCCCACGGUCGGAGGCAGUGAUGCUUCUGAAUACCAAUCACAGGAAGGGAGAGGGCUCUUGUGCUUGAAUCCUGCUUGCUGGUUUCCCACUGGGGCAUCUGCUUAGCCCCUGGGAGAACAGGAUGCUGGACUAGAUGGGCCAUUGGUCUGAUCCAGCAGGCUCUUCUUAAAUUCUUACAUUCUUAUUCCCACCUGGAUCCUCUGGGGUCUGGUGAGAGGGGUGUUCCCACCCUCAGAUUUUUCUCAGAGGGAAAGGUUGGGUGAAAGGAUGAGGUCUGUAUCUCCCAAAGCUCUUGGAACAUGCUGAGGAUGUUACCAAUUUGUAUAACUGGGUUUCUUUUUUUUGGGGGGGGGAGAUCUUUGCCCUCUUUCUGAUUUGACUUGGAUCACCAUGCAAUGUGGCCAAUGAGAUUCAGCUACCUGAUGACAUUCGAAGCUAGCUCAGAAUGAGGGGUUGCUCUCUAUCUUCACUCUAGCAACUUUGGAUGGGUAGGGGGAACAGUGCACCCACUAGAGAGGGUGGCAUCCCCAGCGCACAGAAAAAUCGAAAUGACAACCCCUGGGCUGGCCAGUGUUGGAAACUAGCUGCUGGGCUGAAUGGGGCUAUGUUGGGUGCUGUGUUGAUGUCCUUAGAGCAAGUCCUCCUCAAGGAAUGAGGAGGUCCAGACUGUAGGGCUUGCUGACCUCUCGUCUUCCUGCUGUGUAGCAUAUUCCAUCCGUGUUCAGAAGACCUGGUUCCCGUUGCUCUUCAUUGUGGGGAUGUGCAUGUGGUCCUUAGUCGAAUAUAUCAUCCAUCGCUUCAUCUUCCACAUGAGUCCGCCGGCCAACAACUACUACCUGAUCACACUGCAUUUCCUGCUCCAUGGUCAGCAUCAUAAGGUAAAUGGGCCACCACACGAUCUAGUAGCCUCUUGGGGAGAACUUUCCCAAAACUGAUUUGGACUGCAACUCCCAUCAGCCUUGGCCAGGAUAACCGUGUUCCCUUGGCCAGCAUGACCAUUGUGGAGCCUUUCUGACAGGGGCUGAUGGGAGCUGUAGUCUGAAACAGCCAGAGGGCACCAGGUUGGGUGAAAGCUACCCUAGAUGGAUGAGGGUCCCUUUACAAGGUCAUAUUUUUGGAAUGCAAAUGCCAUGAGGCAGCAGCUGGAAAAAAAGAAGGCUGUCACUCGGAGCAACAGCCUUCCUGAGCACUGAAACUACCUUGUGUGGGAAGGAACUCCAGUCUGAAUUCAGCUACCCCAUGAGAAUGGAUGUGGUCUAUUUCACAAGACGAGCCCUUGUCUCUUUCCACGGUAUGCGUGGGGAAACCUCUGGGCCAAGGGCUGCAGGAGGCCUGCUAGCAUUGUGAAUUUGGCACACAAGAGAUUUAGCUUUUUUUGAGAACAAUCAGAAGCCUAUUUUAGGUCUCUUUUUGUUUUAAUUUUCUUGUAUUUUUACUUUUAUUUUGUAUGGGAUGGGGUAUAAAUUGUAAUAUAGUACACUGAUGUAUAAAUUUGUGAAAUGUUUAAUGAAGACUUUAAAAUAAUAAUUAAUUUUUUUUUAAAAAAAAGAAAGAAAUUUGGCACACAAAGGGGUUUCUCUGCCCCCUCUGGCAUGCCCACCUGAAGUGACAUCGCAUGUGGGGGCAGGUAACUCUUGUGUCCGUAAAGGAACUAUUAGAGCAGAACUUGCCUCUGGUGCCAAUUGGGAACUUCCAACAGGUGGAGCAGAUCCCCAACGGAAGCGGGGCUAACCUUCUGCAUCAGAUUCAGAGCCAAAUGCAAGAUCCGCUUUGGGCAAGAAUCUUCUGUUGCGACCCUGGCUUAAAUUAAAGCCAUGGCUGCAAAGAAAAAAUCAGGAGCAUACUCAGAGCAAUCUCCUGGUCCUUCUUUUGAAGUCAAUCCACUUCUAGAACUGGCCCGCUGGCCAGAUGCAGUUCCUAAGCGGGCCAUAGCUUAGUGGCAGAGGAUGUGCUUUACAUGCAAAAGGUCCCAUCCUCAAUCCUCAGCAUCACCAGGUAGGGGUGGGGGGAAAGCUCUGUCUGAACCCCUGGAGAGCUUCUGCCAGUCAGUGUAGAGACAAAACCAAUGGUCCAACUCUGUAUAAGGAAGUUUCUUAGUUGAGGUUAAGGUAGAACUGAGUGGUGUGUGCAAAAGCUCCCAGGUUCAAUUCUUGGGAUCUUCAGGUCAGGCAAAGAAAGAUUACCACUGUACAGAAGGUUGGUGAUUUUAGCCCACCCCGGGAUGGCUGUGGACAGGAUUCCUGCAUUGCAGGGGGUUGGACUAGAUGGCCCUUGGUGUCCUUGGUGUCCCUUCCAAUGCUACGAUUCUGUGGUCCUGUGAUCCUUUUUAAUGUAUUUAUGUCGCCCGUUCCUCCCCAGCUGGGAUUCCAGGAGGCUUACAACAUUUAUAAACAAGGUUAUAAAAUAAAAAGCGAUGAAAACAAACUUAAGCAAAAAAGAAUAAUUGAAGUACAUUUAGAACAAACAGUUAAAAUCCAGUUUGCCCUGACAACUGCAUCACCUGCACCUUAGUUUCCAAAGGUGUGUCUGAACAGGAAGGUUGCCUGCUGGGAGGGUAACAAAGAGGGAGCCGCUCCAACUUCUCUUGGAAGGGAAUUCUGUAACGGGGGAGCAGCAACAGAAAAGUCUCUCUCUCCCUCUUUACACCACCAAUUGUGCCUCCAGUGUGGAUGGGACUGAGAGAAGGGGCUCACAUGGGGAUCUUAGCACCCAGGCAGGAUCAUAGCAGCAGAUACGAUAUUACAGGUGGCCUGGGUCCAAGCCAGAAUGAUCCCCAUUUGAAACCUUGGGGAGCCACUCCCAGCCUGUAUAGAAAAUACUGGGCUUUUGGGGCCAACAGCCUGACUCUGCAUAAGGCAGCUUUCUUAUGUUUCUCUCUGGGAGGCAGCAGAAGAAAAAUGGUGGGAGCAGCAUUCGAGGAAUGCGCACAGGCUAGCACUUGAGCAUGCAUUGUGUGGGUUGGUGCACUUUAAGCCCCCAAGAAAUAAGUAUGUUUUCCUGCAUUAAAGCAGGGAGUGUUUUCAGUAACACCUCCCCCCUUCCACCCACAAAUACCCAGAGUGGCUGCAUUUGGAUGUCAUGAUAAACUUUAGUUUAUCAUGGGAACCAUCUGCAGCCCCUGUUCUCUCCUUGACUGGCGUACCUGUGCAGAGGUGUCCAGAAGCUUCUGUUCUGAUUAAGCACCGCUUGCCAUUUUGCCUGAACCCGAAAAACUUAAGGUUUGUCUGAAACUGUUGUUCGUUUGAAACAAGCCAACUCCAACACAUUAGCUAUGAAGCUGGCUUCUUUGAACAAACCAUAGUUAGGAUUCACCACAGUUUAGGGUUCAGGUGUAAUGCUAAACUGCCAUGGACUGGCUGGAUGCAGAGGAGUGCUGGGAGGAGGCACCAGCGGGGGAAUCCCCAAAGGAACUCCUAAGGGUAGAAGGUUCAGAGCCAGGGAACUGGUGGUGGGAUGACAAUGAGUGGUCAGAGGGAGAAGAGGAAGCAGACUGAGAAGGGAGGUGUCGGAAGCUGAAAAGGCAACAGGGUUUUGUGAGCAGGAUGAGGCUAGGGUAGAAAGCAGUCCAGAAUCCAAGGCAGGAGAGGAGGGUGGCCAGCAGAUAGAGAUGAGGCAAGCUGCUGAAGAAUCCAGGGAUUCUCCCAUCCUGUUGAGACCAUCUCCCCUCCCCCUGAACAGACAGAAAAAUGUAGAGGACAGAGCAAGGAGAAGCAAGACAACAGAGCCUUAGGCUGUUGGGGAAGGAAGCAGGGGAGAAGUCUUAGAGAGCGGUGGGAAGGCAGGGACCUUCAGUCCUCGCAACUUCUUCACUGGGGCAAGUCCUACUGGGAAGACUUUCUGUGAAUGCUAGGCCUGCACUGUUUUGGGUUUUUUGAAUAAAGAGUAAAUUUCAUGGACACUGGUGUCUUUUAUUGCUGACCUACUCCUGACUCCAGCUUCUGACAUAAACUUCAGGUAAUCAAAGACAUAAGCAAAAGCUUCAGAAGGUGUGGCUUGUUUCCAUUAAACCUAGGAAUGAGGGACAUGAGGCCCUCCAGAUGUUGCUGGACUGCAGCUCCCAUCAGCCGCAAACUGUCAUGGCCAGUGGUUGUGAUAAACUGCGGUUUACAGUGUCAGCCAAGUCCAGCCAUUGGAACUCAUUUCUGCUCUUCUGCAUCAUGAGUAUUUUGACUCCAAACCAUGGGAUGUCCCUCAGCAUCAACGGUGUCAGUUGAACUACUAGUAACUAAUUCUGCUCCUUGCGAUUCUCUUUCAGUCUCCAUUUGAUGGAUCUCGCCUGGUCUUUCCACCUGCACCAUCAUCCCUGGCCAUUGCCUUUUUCUACGUUCUUGCCAGAGUUGUAUUUCCUGAAGCAUUUGGGACCUCCCUCUUCGUCGGGGGGCUCUUCGGCUACCUUGUCUAUGACAUGAUGCACUAUUACUUGCAUUAUGGGUCACCAAAGAAAGGCAGCUACUUGUAUGAGAUGAAAGCGUACCAUGUGAAGCACCAUUUUGAACACCAGAACGCAGGUAAUGGAGGGGGGAUUUUGCCUCCUGAACAGCUGCUACCACAGGAAUAGGAGCCUAUGCCCCCUCCCCCAAUGUUGUUGGACUACAGCUCCCAUCAUCCCUAACCACUGGCCUUGCCUGCUACUAGCCACAAUAGUUCUACCUCCACUGUUGGAGACAGUAAAUACUUCCGAAUACCAGCUGCUGGAAACUGCAAGAGGGGAGAGGGCUCUUGGGCUCAGGUACCACUUGCUGGUUUCCCUUUGGGGAAUCUGGUUGGCCACUUUGAAAACAAGAUGGUGGACUAGAUGGGGCACUGGCCUGAUCUGGCAGAUCACUUCUUGUGAAUCCAACAAUAUCUGGGGGGCCACAAGUUCCCUAUCCUGGUCUGAAUAGUUUUGGGGUAGUGUUAAGAAAAAGCAGGUACUGUUUUUUUAAAAAAUGAAUCCAUAAAAUAAAAACAAAAUGGAGGGGACUUUUGCUCCCUUCCUGCUGAUCUCUCAGGGUUGCUAAAUGCCAAAACUAGCUGAUGGAGCCUCCAGGUGGCCACUAUUUUGUGGGAAGGAUUCAAGUGCAUUCUGGAACUUUAGGUUUCCACAAUUAAAGUGCUCUGUCACCUGAGCACAACAAAUCCACUUUAGAAAAGAAGCAGACAUGGUGUGGUUUGGAAUGUGUUGGGGUGAACAUUGAAAAAAUCUAGGAUGCACAGAUGAUCGAUAGGAAGGCUUAUAAGCACCACAAAAUUAAAUCUGGACAAAUGCUCGUUUUGUCUAACUGCCCUACAAUGAAACCUGAAUGAAUGGUUAAUAAAGACCAGCAUUAGUCUAACCACUGCAUAAGCUUUGUGCAAGCAAAUCAGGAAGACUGCUGCAUAAACAGGGCAACUGGAAACUGGAAGAGCCCCGACGGAAGCCUCCAAUGCCUUGACUUAACUCUACACCUCUCUGUCUUCCCUGUUUCAGGCUUUGGCAUCACCAGCAAACUCUGGGACCAUCCGUUUCAGACGCUGAUCCCAGAGGAAACCCCUGAGAAGGAAGACUAGCACCCGUUACUCUCCUGCAUGGUCUUUGGCUCCUGUUUUGCUUUCCUCUUGCAAGCCUCGGAUGCCGCCCCCUGGGACUCUGCAGAGCUUGGAAGCCUGGGACCUGAGGAGAGAGGGGACUGUCCUUCUGCUGUGCUGCUUCUUUGUAACAUGGUUCUGCUGUGCAGGUGACCUUCUGGGAGGAGCCCUGCAAAGACUAAUGGAGAGGGAAGACCAAGGUGGUGUUGCUGAGUGUCUUAGGCAGGAUGCAAUGGCAAGGGGCAAACUCUGCCCAGCUCAGCACCUUGAGAUCAAAGUAGAACUCUGGUUUUAGACACGUGUAAGAAUUUCAUUGUUGAGCACAUGCCACAGCUGACUUGGAGGACUGGUAUCCUGUGAUGUGUUGAGCGGUAGGCAAACUGCUCUGGCUCUUAGUAUUCCUGAUAUCUAGCAUGGUGUUUGGGUGGUGGGUGCAGGAUUGCAUAAUGGUGCAACCCUGUUGGCAUCCUUUCUGUGUAGACAAUGGGCAGUGGUCUAAGUCCAGCUUGUUGCAUGCCACCUACUUGGCUGACCUCUCCAGGGGAAUCACUAGGGGAAAGAAAAGACUGCUGAUUUCCCACAAGCUGGCACCAGGUGUGCGGAAUGGCCACCCCUUUUACGCUCAGUGUGAUUCUGAUCUCUUUAGAGCAGAGCCCUGUGGGUUCUGGAUUUGCUAUGCAAGUGGCUGGAUACAAGCCACCGGAGCUAGAAGUUAUUUAAGAGGUCAUCAAGUGUAUCUCCCUGUCUAAAGACGGAGGAUCUGGCACCAAAGAGUCCCUGACUGGUCCCUAUUCCAUUACUAAUGCAACUUCUCAACCCAGAAUUUGGGGGUGAAGUGAGAUUGUAGUACAUAGCCUGAUUUGGAACUGCUUGAGUUUGGGGACUGACUUGGUUGCAGACUGAAGUUGGUAGGCAGAGGUGGGAUUUUAAAGCAAAACCAGGCAAGCAAGAAAACAGAAAGAAGGGCGAGCCCCUUUCAGAAAAAUGACAGAUAAAUUGCCACAAAUUGCAUAUUGCAAAAAAUCAUUUAUGCAAAAAACAGUCCUGCUUGAGUCAAAUGCAAAAAGCCAACAUCUGUCCAAAAAGACGCUGCCUAAGAAUCCUCGGAAAAUCAUACUGGGUCAACUGACUUCAGCUUUGCUUUGUAUACACUACAGUAUUCACAAUCUGAUUAAUCUGCAAAACCACAUUGGGCUGUCAAUGAGCUGUAUUCUGAACCCACUGAUGUGCCUUACUUCUCCUCCUUUGAUGGGAUGGCAGCCUUUCACUCGAUGUGCCAUGUACCUUAACCGUGACAUUUGAGAAACUGUCAGUGAUCCAUAACUGUUAUACACAAAGUGCAAUAAAAUAAAAUACUUAGUCCACUGUAGGGAUAAUUGCAGGCAAUAAUUACAGAAACGAAGAACAAUAUUGUUUUUUGUAUAACUCUACAGUAUGUCAUUUUUGCAACAUUAACUGGCCUGCUGUUUAUUGUAAAAGGGGAGGUGGUUUUUCCCAGAGGCAGUGAUGAAGCAUUUGUUCAUCCUUUGUUCAUUGGCCACCCUUUGGGAAGAAGACUUACCAUAGCUGGACUCUCUCCGCAUCAGGCACACAAUUUGCAUUCCCAGAUCCACUUGUCCUUGCCAGGAGCAUUCUCAUCCCACCUUCUCAGACCUGUAAGGGCACUUUAGGAAGAUGCUGGUUUGUGGUUGGGAUCGAACCACAACUGAAGCGGAUUUGGCACUUUUGCACAACAAACCUCCAAAUUUUGUGCAACAAACCUCCCCCAAAUUGGGUGGUUUUUUGUGGGGGGGUUUUGCAAUAAGGAAAGUAACAGAAUACAAUGCUGAAUGUGGGUAAACAUUCCUUGAUGAAAAGUUGUACAACCUCCCUGCAAACAAAUCAGGAUGAAUGCAUAAUAAGCAGGUGGUCUGGAAGGUGGCCUAAGAUGUGAUGACCUCCGGGAGUGUUCCCCGAAGGUCCAACUUGCCAUGCAGCAGGCUAGCUCUGGUCUAAUCCUGCUCGUUGUGUUUUUCUAUGUAAGGGGAAGCUGCUGUAAGCAUCUUGGACUAUGCUUUGGUGUUGUGGCCUCCUGUUCCCUUGUCGUUUUUGCCAGUGACUCCAGGAGCCAGAAGGUGGUGACCUCCAGUCACAGGAUUGGGGUGGGAUGGUUAUGUCAAGAGAGCAGAGUUGGCAGGGUUCUUCUGGGAGACACCCUCCAGGACUAGGAUGCUCUCCUGCACCUGAUUCCAAGACCCUUCUUCUGCUGGAAGGUGAGCGGGCAGAGUGCUGUCCCUCUACAAAUGGUCUAACUGCACAGUAGUUCAGGGAGGUCACUGUUGGUAUCUUCUGGCUCCUCUGGAAGAGGCAAUGUCUGCUGGUCUCUCCCCCUUUGGUCUUUGAGGGCUUAUCCACACUUACUGUUCCUGCAUGCUUUCCAGGCAUAGCCUGCACUUUAUGGCUCUGUGUGCGAUUGCUCUUUUUGUUGGUUUGUUGCUGUGGAGCUUUCUCCAUGAAAACCUGCUCUUUAGCACUGAAUCGGAGCAAACAACAGUCUACGGGAAAAACAAAUUCUUGUUUGUUGCACUUCAGCUUUGAAGAGCAGUUUUUGCUGGGGAAGCUCGGGGGGGGGGAGAGAAAGGAGUGCUCAGACAUGGAGCUUUAAAGUGCGGACCUCUGCCUGAAAAAAGUGGGGCAAAAGGUAAGCAUGGAUGAACCUUGAGUCAUCGUUUUGCUCUCCCUCUCUUCCCUGCCAGAGCACAACAAAAUUGUGUCAAAUGUGGUCCUUCGUGCUGAUAAAGAGGGAGGGCGAUGGCAGCCACUUGCUAGAUGAUGUGCCAAAUUGUGGUCCCUUCUUCUCUUCAUCUUUUUACCUCUGGUGCUGCUUUCAUGUGUUGUGGCCUUGUGAGGUUCUGUAGUGUCUACACACAACACGAGGCAGGAGAGGCUCCUUCCCCUUGUUCCACUGGGAAGAUUAUGGGGCUAUAAUCAGAGGGAGAACAUUGCACAGAUAGGGGGCUACUGCAGGACAAAGUUUUGCUCUCUCCCUGACUGCCACUGUCCGGAGCGUCCUUGGAAAGGAGGACACAGAGAAGGACUUUAGACUUACAAUGUCAGGUUCUGGACAAGUUCAUAUGGGGGAAGGUGGUCCUUUAGGUAUCCUGAGCCAUAUUAGGCCUCUAGAUCCCCAACUCUCUGGUGAGAUUCCACCAUCCCCAUAAGAGGGCGAACUCCAAGCCCAGCAGCAUCUGUUAGGCCAUGAUGGCUUUAUACCCUCUUAUACUUGGGUAUAAGAUACUUCUGUUCAAUGAGUUGUUUGUCAAACCGGCUUCAUACCAGUUGGAGUCCACAAAUGGUUGUUAAUUUGUCUCUAGCCAAGGUGCAAACACUUUUGUAUAGGGUAAAGACAUCAAAGGAAUCAAAGCUGUGCUGAUGUGAACAUCUGGAGGGUGGUAAAGCUGCUUAAUGCACUGGGAAUGGGGGAAAGAACCUCACUACAUUACAAGCCGGUAAUAUGAACACACCCUGGGUCUCUCUCUCUCUUUCUCUCUCUCUUACUGGGUCCCAGUCUUGAGUAAUUAGAUUGUGGAAGACUUCAGGUUCUGGGGUCACCACCUGCUUCCCCUCUCCAGCCCACAAUCACAAAUACAAGUGAGCUUCUCCACCACUGUUUCAUCUCUCCAUUCCCAAACCUGUGUUUGGUCAGGUCAAUUUUAACGGUGUGUCAGCUUUUCUAUGCUACCCUGCCCUUUUGCCUGAAAGAAUUUAUGCAAACCUCGACUAACCUGGAGUUUUGGCCUUCCAGUAAAGGCAAUUGCAAAGAGAUGCUCACUGGGUUGUGGAUUUUGUCGCUGUUUUCGGUUAUACCCAACCUUCUGAUUUCUCUUUGCCCUCCCUCCAUGUUUGCCACAGGAUUUUUUCUUUAAAAAAAAAAUAAGGAUGAAGUUAUAUAAAAUUGUAGACGUUAAGAUAAUUGUACAUAGAUAUGAUGUAUAUGUUGAAAAAAUUAAACCAUUUGAAGUGUU